GUCGGGGCGUGCCCGCCGGUGGAAUGCGCGUGUCCGCUGCCCCCCUCCUCUUGCAGCUUCAUGUCCGGCGCUAAUUGGAGUGCGCACCGCUGAUGUCGGCUCCGAAAUGUAAAUAGUUGGAGCGUUUUUCUGCAUGUUUUUCCAGCUCUCCUGUCGUUGUCUUUGUAAAGUGGAGGAAUAAUGAGGUGGAUUUGCCCGCAGUCUGCCUCUCUCCUCUGAUAAUCUCAUCCUCUUUUUAAUCAUGAGGAUGAAAACUCCACAUCGUCGUUUCGCUCGGGACAAGUUCAUCUCUCCGUGAGGCUGAUGGGAGCACAACCGUGGGCUUCUUUCUCAGAGCAGGUCCCCUUUUUAGCAGAUCGGAUUCUGCUGCGUCACUUUUUAUUUUCCUUUUGUUAUUUUUAGAGUUGGAGUAAAAUCCUGAAGCAGAUCAGCUGCUCAGAGAGGGAAGAAAAGCAGAAACCCCGAGAUGAAUUCAACUCUCCCUCUUCGAUUCUGAGUAAAUUUUUAUUUUUCUAUUUUUUAUUUUUUGAAAGAAUGAUUUUAUUCCUGUGUUGAUCUGGUGGAUUACAGCUGAAUACUCUCGGUGGCUUACAUGUAGCGGUAGAAAGAGGCUCUGUGUUUUCUUCUGUGGGGUUCAACAGAGGCUUAUAUAAGAAGAGCCGUCAUGUAUGCAGGACGCAAGAGGAGAAAACCGGUCCAGAGAGCGUAAGUUUAUUCUAUUUAUUACAAUUUUUAUUCCAGUACUUUACUCAGAAAAAAAAUAAAAUAAUUUUAAAAUAAAAAAUAAAACAGGUUAGCUGCGAUGAAUUAUGAUGUCAGUGUCAAAAUGCUCGAAUCUGCAUCAGAGAAUUUCUACCACCUUUUUAUAAAAUCCAUUUGCCUCUGAAUGAACAUAUUUCACUUUACAUAAAAUGCGCAAAAUAUUUCUAAUAAUGUCUGGGAAUUUUCAAAAAUGUAUAUACAUCUAUACGUGCGUAAUGCUCUGUGCGUAAUGGAUAGCUGUGCAUGGCUUCUUUAAUGCCUGCGGAUUAUUGCAGGCCUGCAACCGCGGCCUGAUUUUAACCUUCAGCACCUCCCUCGGUGAUCUCUGUUUACGCAGCAGUUUUUCUAACAGCAUUGCAUGAAAAAAACCAACAAAAUAGAGACAUUUCAACUUUUCCCGGCUCGUUAAUUCCUGAACUGUAAAUCAGUGGGAGCCUGAUGUAGGAUGUUGCGCCAUUUUCUGUCAAAACGCCCUUCAGAGGGAGAGAGGGGCGGCUUUUUUUUACUGGUUAGAUAAUUUUGUAGUGGAUAUUAUAUAAAAUAUGGUAAUAACACUUUUCAAAACAGCAUUUUUUAGCCUGAAAUAAACCUGUUUGGUAUCAGACCCUGCCCCUUUUUCCAACUCAAGCCCAAUCUGUUCUUACACUUAGAUUAUAAACACAUAAAGUUCAUUUUAGAAAAUGUAAUUCAACCAUUUGAAACUGAACCAGAGCUGCAGGAUGUGAUUAUAAAGUCUGAGCAGCUACUGUUUCUGUUAUGGUAUGACAUCACACUCAUGCACUUGAAUCUGACGCCAUUUCCCUGCAAAUAUUUCAUCUAAAGGCCAACACUGAAGCAUAAUGAGGAAAGACAAAGAAUCCAAAGCAGCUCUGAUCUUCCUCAUUGUUCUGUGAUGUGAUUUCACGUGACUGAGUUUGGAAAAGCACCUAACUGUGCACAGUGAGACACAGCAGUCAGGCUGCUGCUGCUGCUGCUGUUUGAUGAGAGUAUAAUUGUGCAGUAAUGUAGAUGCAGCAGCUUUUUUUCUUAUGUAGAAAGUCAAAGUAUCUUGAAAGUAUCAUGUUUUUGUGUACAUAAUUUAAAGGCUGCUUUGUGGUGCACAGUUCCCCCAGAAACAGUAAGACUCAGUCUGCACAUGUGGGACUCUUCAAAACAAUCCCCAUAAUCCUUCUUUGUGAUGAGACAGCUUGAAAAGAGACUAAAACUGUCAGUAAGGUUAGUUUUGCUUUAUGGAGACUGUUUUUGUCUUAUUGCAUCCACAAAAGCACAGGAAUUAAAAAAACACUUAUGGCAUUAUUUGUGUAUUUUCUCAUAAUGGCGAACAGAGUCUAAAAUGAUCUGCAAAUUGACCAUAAUUGUGUUUUAAAUAAUGAGUUUUGCAACAAUCCGUUCAACUUUGAAUUUAUAAUAUAAUGUAAAACAUAAAAAAUAAAGAGUAACUCGAGGUAAAUCAUAUUAGAGUUAAUUAGUAAUUAUAGUCUGUCUGCAUGCACACACAUCAAGAGUGUGUUGCAUUGCAGGUAUGAAGCAUAAUGACACAGUCUAUUAACAGCAGCUCUUCAUCCAUGAUGCUGCUCAGAGAUGAAAUGUGACAGUGUCAGUGUGUUGUAAAAAGUCAUGGCAGAUGUCGACUCAUGUUGCAGCUGCACUGCUGACGAUCUGUGUCCAUGUUUGAAUAUAUAAAGCAACUAAAUCCUGCUCAAUGGUGUUUUCUAAUAUUUUUUUUUAUCUUAAAAAUGUUUGUUUUGGAGGCCUUCAUUAGACCCAGUAACACGUCAUUCCAGUCUUUUAGUGUUAUCCUUUAUUAUAUCAGCUGACAGCAAAGUGGGGCACACACAAUCACAUAUCAAUAUGUGUUUGUGUUUCUGAGAAUGAGUGUUGCAUAACACAAUAUAUGAGAGUUUAGAUUCUUUGGAGCUAAAUCUGUUCAGACUGAGUGUGAAAGCCCCCUUCAGGCUGCACAGGACAUGACUUUAGAUUGAAGACGUGCACUGAAACAUCAGUCUAUUAUAAUCCUGAUGUUAGAAUACUUCAUGUCAAUGUAAACUUUAUAAAUAUGAAUCAAUCAUUAUUAUUCAGAAAUGAAAAAUCUGGAAUUGAUCAAAAAGGUGCCUUUUUUGAAAUUAUAAAAAUGUAAUUUCUUGCUUAUCAUUUGCUCAUGUUGUUUAUCUUGUUGUCCCUCUGUGAUCACAACUGACUAUAAAGUGGGUCACACACACAAUCACAUAUCAAUACGUGUUGUGUUUCUGAAAAUGAGUGUUACGUAAUACAAUAUGCGAGUGUAUGGACUCUGCAGAGCUAGGCCUGUUUGGCUUUAGGCCUUCAAGUAUUUCAGUUUCAUUCAAACAACUUUAUUAAUCCGUACGAGGAGCAGCUUGCACAAAAAAUGACGUAAAUAAACAUAUAAAUAAAUAAAUGAAUGAAUGAAUGAGUAACGUCUGCUUACAACCUUCAUCCAGAUUAUUAUUCCCAAAAUAUGAAUGUUUUAGUCCUCUCCCCUUUACACAGACCUGAAGUUUGAGAGCAGAAUCAAAAAUGCAUAAUUGAUUGCAGAGGAAUAUUAUUGUAUAAUAAUUAUGGAUUAUGGAUGGAAGCACGAUAAGAUAAUUCAAUGAAGACAAAAUACAAAAUUUCUUUCUUGGCAAACGUGGAAACAAAUAUAGUAAUAAAUUAAAUGUUUAAUUAAAAGAAUGAAAGAAUUUGAUACAGUAUGGUAUGUGCUUUUAGAAGAGAAGAAGCUGUGAUUUGUGUUUGAGAUGAUUGUUUUUUAACACCAGGUUUCUUGCAAAUUCAGUGUACCAAUUCAAGUACUGUCAACAAUAGAAAUGACUUCUCUUAAAUAAUUCAUCUGAUCAAGUAAACAAAGACAGAAGUUUCAAAUCUUUUGGACUUCCUACAUCAUUCAGUCAUUUUAUCCAUUUUCCCAUAUUUGCAUAUUUUGCACUUUAUUUAAAUGCAAAAAAAAAGUUUAUGUGGAUCUAAGUUUGUUUAUUAUCAACAAGUCAUUAAAGCUGCAAUAUGUGAUGCUUAACUGCAAUUCUGAACCAAAACUGGUUUGUAGAUUUGUUCAAGGUUUUUUGUUUUUUCUUUUUACAACACUGAAAAAGUUUAUUUAUUUAUUCAUUUAUUUUUAUUUGCCAAAUUAAAAAUCAAAUUUGAACGAUGAAGUGAAACCGUCCACAAAAUAUGGAAGCCAUUUAUUACUUUUUAAUAUUUUACAUAUGGUGUAUAAGUAUAUAUUUAUUACAUCAACAGCUAGCCUCUCUAUAGGCCUCCACAAUUUGUGGUAAACACAAAAAUGAUUCCUCCUUGCUGAUAGUAAAAGCUUUUACAUUUUAUUCACUGUGAAAUAUUUUAUUUAACUUUUGUGAAUCUCGGUCACACAUUUGCCCCAAAUUUUCUUUGACACUUUUGAUAUUUUGGGAGAUGGUUGGUCCUGGUUAAAGGAGUGUGUGUAAAACACAAUGUAGUGCUGGUGCACAAAACAGACAAAGGUAGAGUGAAUUCAGUACUCAUGAGAAUAAUCCUGAAUACUGGCUGAACUUUGAUUAUAGAUUUUUUUGAAUGAAUGAAUAAAUCCUUAUAUAAAACCUGAAAGAUAAACCAAAGAUAACUUUAAAUCACUCUUUCCAACUUAGUCUAAAAUUUGUGGAAAUCUCCAAAUAUAGCUGACUUAACAAUGUUUUGGAUAUGAAUGAGACAAGUUUGCAGGAACAACACAAAUAACUUAACACCAGCUAACCAACCCAUCCAAAAUUAGGUCUAAAACAUUCUGAAAAGAGGCCAAAAUGAGGUCCAUUUUUUGGUUUCCCUCUAAAGAAUUCAUAAUAAAUGCACAUUAUUUAAAUUUUGGCAUUUGUCCUCUUUUUCAAUGCUUAUUAGGGUGAAACAGCCACCUGCAGAAGGGGCCAAAUCCAACCCGUCCAAACGGCACCGAGACCGGCUGAAUGGGGAGCUGGAGCGGCUGGCCAGCCUGCUGCCGUUCCCUGAAGAGGUCACCGCUAGUCUGGACAAACUCUCCAUCCUGCGCCUGAGUGUCAGCUACCUGCGAGCCAAGAACUUCUUCUCAGGUAGGUUGAAUGAAACGAUCUCUGAUCGUAACUGCGCUGCAUGGUCUCAUCUUUGGUCUCAUCUGUGAGAGUUGAAUUCCUCCUUCCUCUCUACGUGUUUGUUAUUGGAUCGGCUCUUUUGCAGAAGAGCAGUUGCACAAAUUCAUCGAUCAUGUCUGUUACGGUCUUGUUUCUAAUUAGUGGGGUUGUUUUGGGAAAUCAUUUAUUGCCAUGAAACCCAGAAAAAAUCAAUGUUUAAUGAAUGAGCUGCAGUUGCUCAUGUGUCCAGGUCACAGGGAUAAAGUGACGCAAGUUUAGCCGAACACUUUUUUAGCACCCUACUGUUGGGGUACCAAGCAUAGCCGUCCAACCCUGAAGCCGAAGCUGAAUACACCGCAACCCCUUGAUUAAGAGAGAGAAGUUUCCUACUGGAUGCAAAAUUUUUUUUUUGUAGGAUGGUAGGGGAAAGUCCCGCCUUCUUUGCCUCUGAUUGGCUAGAAGAGCUGGAAACGUCAUCACACGCUCAAGCCAAACGCGGGCUGUCGGCUCUGUACAUAAAACAGAACAUUACAGAACAUCAUCGCACUUCUGAAUCUCCAAUGACGUUUCAUAGCCAUUAGGAAUAACCAAUCAGAGCCCAGUACUUCUAGCCAAUCAGAGGUGAAGGAAGGCGGGACCUUCCCCUACCAUCCUACAAAAAAAAAAUUUGGCCUACUGGACCAUAUCUCCAUUAAACUGAUGUUGCUUGAUCAGUGAAAUUCAGUUUAUGUACAUGUUUUUUUUAUAUCAGGGUAUGCUUUUAGGUUAGUCAUAUCAGGAGACAAUCUGGUUUAAAAAUGGGGGUUUCAUUUACUCAAAGACAUGAGCUGAGCAGUGAGAGGUACACAGAGAUCGCUGCAAAGGGAGAGGGAGAUUACACAGCAAGAAAUAUCCUGUCAAUCAAUGUCAUUUACUAGGUAAUAUAAAUAACCUGCAGCUAACAUGACUCAUGACAGCUUAUGUCAGACGAAGUGCAUUAAAGUCUUAAUAAAGAGCUGUGCAAGUGACUCAUUUUCUUCAAAUAAAAGUCCUUGAUACAGAUGGACCCGGACAGAGUGAAAGUACUUUGUGAAAACAAAGGAAGUCUAUUCACAGGGAACAAAAAGAGAUCAAGCUUUUGCUUUGGAGAGUGACCAGGAAGUGCUACCACACUGUAUUUCGCAUGCUAGUGGCCUGAUUGUCGCUGAUACAGAGCUGGUACCAUCCUUAGCUUAUUAUUUUUCUGUGUCCGACACCGACAAAAGAGAAAAAGAAAAUCAGUCCUUUGUUCUCGAGACUUUUGACCCAUGAUUCGUGCUGUUUGCGCCGUCACUGUGAAUGGUCUGAUCUGUUAAAAUUCACGCCAAAUUGAAAAUCAAGCCGUUCGUGCAGCUAACACGCCAGAGUGCAUUUGGCUUUCCCUGAGAAACCAUACCGAGCUGUAAUGAACCGCACUGAGCAGCAUGAUGAAAACACACCUUCAGCUGGCUCAACCUCUAAACUAGACAUAGAGGGGUGAAACUCUUAACUGGAAUAGAUCUAAGUGUUUGUAUAAGAAAUAAGGUUCUCAACGUCUCAACAAACCGAGACAAAGUUGCUCAAAGAUCUUACUUUGGGAAAGUAAAGCUUGUGAUUUUCUCUUGUUACCCCUCUUGGAAGUAGUCUGGACCUUGACCAGCCUUUAACUGAAACACACAAAGGUCAGUUUUAGCUCUUUGUUUUGUCUGGCACACCAAGGCUUCCCAGAAUUGUUCUUAUAAUGAAUAACUGUACAACAAAUCCCAACAGCUUUUAAUCGUCUUUAGCGGCGUUGUGUGUUUGUAAUGAGGAGCAAUGAGUUGACCUACAUUCAAGCAUGAGGGAACAGUUUGGAGUGGGUGGCUGUUUCUAAAUGCCCCUAGUUAUUGCUUCGGUCCCUCCAACCAUUUCCAGAAUGUCACAACAUCCGAGUCGCCGGCUCUGUGUUUGUGCUGGAUGUGUUUCCCAACAUCUCACGGCUCAUCUCAUCAACCAAAGCUGUGGAAACCACCACACUCGGAAAGAGAAGAGCACCCAGCCACCGCCUCACUCGGAUGGUUUCAUCAUAGGGGGGGAAAAGGGCCUCAAUAUUUCAUUGAGACCCCCGUCUAUGUAUGCAUACGUGACAUCACUCAUUUGAUGCUCGGUUCCCGUUAAAACCGUACGCCAAAGGAUUGAAAGAAAAUCGCAUGCCAGCGGGUUUGAUGUGUACAGUCUUUUCUACUAUGCAGAGUGAAGACAUUGUUAUUUUAGGCGGUGAUCUGCUGCAAUGCGGCCGUCGGAUGCUCUUGAAGCAUGAAUAAUUGAGAGAAACCCUGGAGUUUAAAGAAUUUAUGAAAUGGAGGCAGAGCAAUGUUUGUUUAAGGCAGCGGCUGUUGGAAAUGGCUGUUUGGGGUAAGACUGACAGGAUACAGCAGCGGUGAUACAGUAGGGGUGUGUUUUUAGGCGGAUAUGUUGUGAGUGCAUUUCUUUUUUCUUUAACUGUGUGUGCGCUGUGUGGCUGCUGGGUUCAUAUGUUGUGAGUAUGUUGAGGCUUCAGAUGCCCCGAGGAAAGAAAAUCAACCGAUGACUUCACUCUGAGGCAGCAGAGAAGAAGAGUAUUCGUUCUGAAUGCAAAGCUAAAACUCACCUAACCGUAUAGCUAGCACUAAUGAACUGAGUGCAGUUGUAAAAUGUAGGAAACGACAACCCACAUUAUUGGAAACCCACAUUUUUGUCUCAUUAAAUCUAUCUGUGGAGUUGCAAAAUGUGAAAAAGAUUUGUAAAAUUGGUGAAAUGGAGAUUUGAAAGAGAGAGUAUCACUCAAUUCCUGUUUUGCUAGCAGCUGCCCGUCCGCUGUCACCAGCUUUAGCCUGAGGCAGGUAGCAUAAGAGAGUAGCUCACAGCAAUGUUAGUGCAGUCCUCUUCAUUGUCUUCAUCGUGUUUGACAUUUUUAUGUUUCUGUCAUAUUAGCUGCAAAGUUUAUGGUGAUUGUAUUAUUAUUAUUUUUUACAUCAGUCAUUUUGUCCAAUGAUUUCCUGGAUUUCCAUGUAUAAAAAUAAGACACAGGCCUAGAUUAGCCAUGUAUACUCAAUAACCUACAUGUACUAGCAAUAAGAGAAUACAGUAUUGUAAAACUCAAUGAAUUAAAUCAAACAAUUUUUAAUGUAUAAAAUAAAUUAUUAUUAUGACCAUGCACUGUUAGACACCACGUCUAAUAGACAGAUUUCUGGGCAACAUCAUCGCAUGUAUGCAUGCGCAGCCUUGGGGCAGAAAGUGGGACAUUUCUUAUUUGUUUACUAGCGUAGUCAACAGAGAAAGAAAAUGACAGGAGCUGUUACAACCCUGCUCCUGAUAUUAGAAACAUCUAAAACAACGUCACAACCUGGUAAAUUGAGUGAAACUAAUGGAUAUGUCAGCGUUUCAGUGUUUUUCUGAUGUUGAUGCAGUGAAAGACAAAGCGAUUUUUCAAUGAAAUGACAUUUUAUUGCAAUUGUAUCAGGGAGAAACAAUACGGCAUCUUCAUUGAUGUCAGUUCACUCCGAAGCAGGCUUUUGCCCCAUGGUUGCACCUAGUAUCGUUUGUACACAAGAAACCCGUCUAUACAGUGGAAGGCAGAGGGGGAUAGGCAGACCCCUGUAAAUAUAAUUAUUUACAAGUGUUUCCAGACAUUAAGGGCUAUGUUGCUGCCCAAGUUUUUCCCUGUAUAUUUUAUUUUCAUUGUUGUUUCUAUAUUUAUUUUCAUUUAUAAAGCCAGUAUAAUGAGCAAAGUCCUCUUUCCUCUUGUUCCUCAAUGUGAUGUGGAUUUCUCUAGACAUCUUCCUCAUUUACUUAUAGGAGACCAUAAUGCUAGUUGAUUUAUGGUUGGUAAUCCUCCUCCUGCCAGUAUUAGAGCCACCUUUUUACUGUCUUUUUGGUACAGAGUAAAGUUUGACUUUUCAAAAUCAAUUGAAGGGUUUUCCCUGACAGUGUAUUGUUUUUUCUGUGCCACUACUUCAGCAAAAGAGGCAUCAGCAUGGAGAGAAAAACACCCCACAAGAGCCAUUUGGAUUUAUCCGGUAUAACAUUACAUUUUUUAUCUCGUAAACAGUUCUCCAUUACAAAAUGACUGAGAGGUUAUAAGGCCAACGCUGGGCACAGAUGGAGCUUAAGACCCUGCUGACUCCUCCCUCCUGCGCCUGUUGUGACAGAACUAUCAGUAGAAGUUGUUUUUAUUAUUCCCCUUCAACAACAUAUGGAAGUAAUUUCUGGCCGCUCCUGUCACAGUGAAUUAUUAAUAGUGGAUUUCAGCAGCAUAGGUCAAAGUGUAGCCUAUAGACUAACCCUCUUGUCUAACUGCAUUAGCCUACUUCCGGGACAGUCUUUAAGUAAUUAACGAGCUCAGGGCUCUUACAUUGAAGAAGCGGCUCUGAGGACCCUGAGGGCCCAUCGCUCUGGGCUGAUUCUGUGGUCAGCUGUUAACUGUUGUUUGUAAAUGGCGUAAACUAUCCUGCUUGUCAGAGGGAUCUAAAGUGGGUGGUCUGUUUUGAGUGAUGAGUAACUCGGGUAAUGCUCCCACUGCUUCUGCUGUUGUUUCUAUUCCGAUGUUCGGAAGAGCUGCUAAACGCCGAGAGAGGCUCCCUGCCAUCAAAUAUUAAAAAGCAUCAGAAUUUCAUCGCGCUGUAGAGCCUUUUUCUGCUGCUCUUUAAGUUUUUCAGCUAAGUUUGUUGUACCCAAACAAUCACGAGUUGCUGUGCGUGUAACUGAAUAUGGCGUAUGAGUUGAACAAAGCCCUGGCAGAGCUCUGGUUAAUCUUCCUGACAGUAUUAUCCAGCCCAGCUGCCAUCUUUGUUAUUGUUAGGGUGCUACAAUAGGCUCGACCCUCUCAGCCAGUCCUAGGAGAGGGGUGGCGACUCUUUCCUAAAACCGAUAAAACGAGGGGAUCACCCCCACUCUGAGUGCGAGGAAGCUCUCAACCGUAAGAGCCAUCUUCACAGCUGUUGUCUGUCUUUUGGAUCAUUUAUGCUCCAUGCGUGACAACGCAACUGUGGGUUUAACAUGGAAAUAUGUCUGGGUAUUAAUUUGUAACUCGGUCACAAGAAAAUAGAUGUCAAAGCAUUGCAAUGUUUUCCUCUGAUGUGUCAUUCGGUAACAGCACCUCCCUGGUGCUUUUGUGACAUUUUGACCUCAACAGGCCACAUGCAGGGUUUCCAGCAGUGCUAGCACUGUCAAAGCUAAUUUAGCAUGGAGAAUCACUGAUACGCCUCUUAGUAUUUGUCUCCUUUCUGCCCGUUUACCAUGUGUGGGGUGAGCUUUCCAGUUUGUAUGCCAAGGUGCUGAUAUGGACAUCUUGUAACUUGAAAUUAUUCAAAGUUUAGGAAAUUCCCUGACCUCCCUUGCAUUGUGCUACAUCUGCUCGAUCAUCUUUUUUUAAUUGCACCAACAUUAGGCAAAGGGCUAUUAUGAUAUUACAUUUUUUUUCCUCAUCCUCCACAAUCACAAUAAAUCCUCCAAGAUUUAUUGUGAAUCCAAAAAAUGACUUCAGAGCUUGUGUCUUUUCAGCUCUAAUCGUUCUUUUAAAUGUUAUCCCUCGGUCUUGUGAUUUACCACCUACUGGAAGUAGUAAACUUCAAAAUAAAAGCUUAGGUUUACAUUAGGGAAAACAAGGCAAUCCAAAUAGAAGUCAGAAAAAAUACCAAAAUAAAAGCAUGAAAAAAAAUGGUUUAAUGAGGCAAUGUUUGGCUGGUGUUGUGGACAAACCAUAAAUUUGAACAUCAUUAGAAAUGGAUGAUGACAUGCUAAUUGCUAAUUGUGAAUGUAGCAUUGAUAUUUCAUUGUGAUAUGUUAUGGCCACAAUAACUGUACUGUGAAAAUAUGAUAUCUUUAACUGUUUUAUCAGUAUUGUCUGAAAGUGUGUUUUUGUCAUCAUGAGUGUAUUACGACAGCCCUGAUUGGCGUACAUCUGUUAAAAUCUGUUUGCUUUUUUUAGGAUCACAGAAGAUAAAAAAAGGAACAGUGACUUACCUGAUUAGCACUUGCUUUUGUUGUCUUGAUGUAAUUAUUAGAAAGCUGCUUACCUAACUUAACAUAAGGAUAAAUCAGUAUCAUAAGACUCCUGCAAGCCUGGUUCUGCACUUUGACUCCGUAUUCAACUCUGCAUGUUUGACAGCAUGGUCAUGGUCAUUUCCCUAAAGCGAAGGGUCAUUGUUUUGUUACUAAUUGUGCUGUGUUGUGUUGUUUCCCCUAAUUGGAUCCUGGAUGAUACAGUUAAGCCUAUAAGGGCUCUCUUGGCUGAUUCAACAUUCCUUGAGGCCAAAUGGCUCACUUGCAAUUUUUCCUUUUCCUGUGCUCAAUCCAUUACCCGGCGAUCCUUUCUAGUUCUUCCCUGGUCAUCCUGGAAAAAGCUCUCUGAGUUUUUAAACCCAGCCUGCAAGAAUCCAACCUGCCGUCACGUGACGGUCUGUUGCGUAACCGGCACUCUGCGCAGAUGCAUGUCAGAUGGUUAUUAUUGUGUGGGGAGUUUCAGAGAACACUGUAGUUCACAGACCAGAGUUUAAACCUGAAGUGGGCAGGAUAUGAAAUGAUGAUUAAUCCUGUGUUUUCACCACAGCAGCAGGCCUGUUGUUAAAGUGCACUGCACCUCGUUUAGAUACACUCCAUUGUAAAUAUAGAUGGAGAUUAGAAGAAAUAAUCCCUGUGACUGCAGAGGGACACACUUGCCUGGUGGGUCUGUGUAUAACAAUGUGGGUUAGUGUGGGAUUUCCAGAAAGAGCAGUACAAGUUAAGAGCAGUAGAAUUGCUCAUUAUUGAAUUUUUAAUGCUACUAAAUUUGGUUGUUUCAGGGUAAACAGGGAUCUCCUCGCAAAUCCAGAUAACAUACUCAAGUGCAAAGUUGCUGCAAGUCACUUAAGAUAAAGUUGAGGUUUACAGGUACAGAUGACUGCAGAGGCUGGAAAACACCAGUGAGCACACCAGAACAUAUGCCAGUACACCAAACAUAUGAUCCAGAAUCUGGCCUUGUAUGGGAGGAGGAAACUGUGCAAGUAUUGCAAUGAAAACUCAAGUGUUAUAACUCAUUCACUGACUUUUUGUCCUUAAAGUAACACCGUAACACAGAGUUAAAGAAAGCUCAAGGAAAAACAUUUAUGAUCCUUUCUUUAUCAUUUCCUUGACGUAAAAAUCCCCAUAUUAAUCAUUUUGCACUGUAGUUCUGCUGUCUUAGCAUCUCGGUCUGAUUGCAUUUCCAUGAAGAAAUGAUCAUAAAUGUUCUUCCUUGAGCCGCGUCACCCCACUGUAGUCCGUAAUGGACUGGCCCGAGGCCUCACUACAAACAAGUGGCUGCUAGAAGAGGGUAGGUGAGUUGUGUUUAGUCUCUUUGCUACAGAAAUUAGGUAAAGCCAAAAAGAUGUUUGGUGGUUAGUACUAUGGCUGGGACCCUACAUGUACUGUUGAUGAAGUUAGGUGCUGUUCUGAGCAUUAUUUGUGGCUACAGAGUGGCGUUUUGGUUGAGGUUUGUGUUUGGCUCCUCAGACCACUGUGUAUUGCUUUUGUGUGGUCGUUACUAAAGUUGGUAUCACUAGAGAAGCAAGCGGUCGGCAACAUUUAUCUCUCAAGGGGGUGUCUAACUCAGUGUUACCAUGUGUUUUCCUACCUAAAUUAAUUUUACGCCGGUAUAUCCCUUUAACUGUCGGUGAUGAGUUGCUACCUGGUUAGCAUAGGAGGAAGCGGGAUUGCUCAAGGAGUAGGUCUGGUUAUGCAUGCCUGCCUAUUUUCUCAGCUCCUGUUGUUACACCACCUCAGGAGCUGAGUCAAGUUGGCUUGUAGAGGCUGUUUUCUCAGUAGGUGGGCUUUAAGAACAAUGCUCAGGCUUUCUCAGGUCUCAUUCUCAGGGUUGUUAUGCUGACUGGAUGACUGAAAAACAUGUUUUUCAUCAUAUGGGGCCUUAAUCUGAUUUCCACUGUUGCCUAAAGUUGACAUGCAUCAUAAGGUAGUGCCGUUUCCUAUACAUAAUGAUGCAUCAACCAGUAUUUUUCUCUGACCCAUGGUUCUGAGGUGUUGUGUAAAAUGGGACACAAACAUAGGAACAUAUGCAGCUGAAGUGUUUUGGCAUCUUCAUUGUUAGUUUUGGACCUUUUAGAUUUUUUUGGUGACUCCUUUUUGAUGAUUUUGACCCAGCUGACAUGAAAAGACACAAGGGAUAAGGUCAGUUUAUCAAUGACGGACCAUUUAAUGUACAUCUAGAUGUUAUUUUAAUGGUUGCUCUUUGUAAAGUUGACAGUAUUUUGGGUGCAUAACCAAAGGUAGAACUGCUCUGUAAAUGAGAAAAUAUUGUCAGAUGCUAAUUUUUAUGUCACGUUUAAGUCACGGUUUUGGUUAAGACCCAAACUGUCCUCUUUGCCCCUUCAAUUCCCGCCUCCUCCUGAGCCACGGAGAACAAAAGAGCAUGGCAGACAGUGACAUCAGCAUGGCAGCAAAGUGGAAAUUAAUCUUUCACAAGUUUCCAUAUGGAAGACCAUUAAAUCUCUUAUAAAGACAAUGACAUAAAAUGUCUUCCAUUAAUAGAGAGAUGGCAAACAUGGACCUACACGGCGCACACACAUUAUGCAACUCCCCCUGGAUCAGGACAUGGAUAUGAUGAAUUAUGUAAAACACUGCUCUGACUCUGGCAGAGUGUAGCUCUGUCGCACACAUAAAGUAACCCUGAGCUAUCUUUUAGUUUGAAAGAAAUGAUGAUGAUGAAUUAUUAUCAAUCAGUUCAAACUAAUUCAGUGAUAAGUUCAUUGACGCCAAAUCCGCCAUGAUGGAAAACAAACCGUAUCACACCAUGAAACCGUAUCUCAUAAGCCAGCAGCGCAGUGGCGUAGAGUUGGGGAGUGAGGUUUUACAGAUCUGUGGAUGGAAUUAAAUUGAAAAAGCAUACAAAGUAAUCAGUCUGCGACUCUGGGAUGAUGCAUUAUCCAGGGAUCACAGGCAGUCAGUGAGUAAUCAAAGUUAUCUCGGAAUAACUGCACAUCGAAUCUGACAUUUCAUACAUGCACUCCUGAACAUAUCUUAAUAUGUCAGUCUUUAAAACAUUAAAUUUAAACCCCUUUUGACAGAGUUAGCACUUUGAAUGCAACAUUCAUUUCGAUAAUAGAUCCUUAAGUCAAAAUCAUUGAUUCGAUGUCAUUGCAUUCGUUUGGUUCUCAAAUCUAGGGACUUGUAAAAUAUGGACUAAAACAUUGUUAUUAAAACAGAAAAUUAUGGAAUUUUGCGCAUGUAAUUAAAUUGCGAUUAUGUUUUGAAAAACAGUCCUCGUCUUAACCGAACAAAAUAUGAGUAAUGUCUUAUGUUUAAUGUCUAAUGGACAUAAUUGUGAGUCCACCCUUCAUUUUAAUGAGUGGAUUCAAGUCAUGUCUAAAAUACGCAAUGAAUUUAAACGUUAAACAAUCCUUUGGGCCUUUAGGGGAAAUAACAUCCUUUCAGCAACAUACAUUUAUGUUGGGGGUUGAGCUGAUAAAUGUUGAGCAUGAGCUGAUCAGUAGUUUUUGUAUGGAAGAGAAAGGAGAUGUUGAAGGAGAUUGAAUCGACCGCAUAUGAGCGAUGAUUUUGGGGAUGCUGUAAAUGUUGAAACCGAUUGCAAUGCUUGUGGUCUAGGCUGUGAAGACCUGUAAGUUACAUUUUGUAGGAGGCUUAACUCAGUCUGUGUACCCAGGCUUCUACAUAGAUGCCGGGCUGUGCAGGUCUUUAGCAUGUGCAGAUCUGAUGCAGAAGAACAAAGCAGGCUAAAGGCACCAUGAACUGGGAGUUUCUUAAACUUUUGCAUCAAUUUGCAGCUUUUUAUCCCCCAUAAUCUCCAACAACCUCUCUCUUUUUUUGUGAUACAAGUUCAUCGUUAAUUUCCAGCAGAAUUUCUCAUUAUGUAGCUGAAGCAGGUGAGAUUCAUUCUGAUCGGCAGUUUACUAUCCAGCUCCUAUUAUAUCACUUCUUUCCAAUAGAAUUAAUGUAUAAGCAAAGCUGCAGUGACACUGCACGCAGAGGAUUUGCACACAGCUGGAAACAUGCCUGAGCUGCAGCCGUUUCUAUAGCAUGAUGUGCUGCUGCUGCUGCUGCUGCUGCCCGCUGCUGCCCGAGGAUUGGUUACAUAAGCUGUGUGGCUGUUUUGAAAGUCAUGUGACACAUCAGGCUACCUGUCACUGUUUCUCUCCAACUGAGGGCGAUGAUUUGCUAUCUGAAAACCCCGCCUCCCCUCCCCCUCCUUCCUGUGGGUCAUCUAUGUGCACACAAAUGAAAAAGGCAUGAUCAGCAGUGGGUCAUCCCUCCAUGGCAACCCUCCUCACCCUCCACCCUCCCCUCCUCUCUGCCCGUCCUUCCCUCCGUCCUUCUCCUCCUGGGCUUAAACCCCCCUCGCCCAAUCCACCUCCCCCCCCAGCCCUGCUGAUCACGAUACGGCACAGUGAGGAAUGCAGGCCACCAAAGGGAAAACCUGGUAAUCAGUAGUGACCCCUCCCAGCCCUACUCCGCCCAAAUCCCCAUCACUCGCCCCUCAACCCCCCUCCCACCUCUCUGGAUCGCCCCUCAUAAGCAAAUAUGCAACCAUGUGAUCGAGAAACCUCGGGAGACACGAAAGCAGCAAAGGGUGCGUGCUUCCCCCCCUGCAUUAGCGGCCGCGUGUUCAUGUUCAGUCUCUAUAUGUGUGCCUGCAUGUGUGUGUUGCGUGCAUCCAUGUGUAUGUUCCCUGAUGUGGGGGAGGUAUGUAUGUGUGCAUCGCGUGUUCAUUUGCUGCAGUGUUCAGGGGGUGAAGGAGUUGAAACAUUCUAUAUUUACUCGCUGCCAUUCACACUCUGCUAGAAUAAUUAACACACAAACACACUCACACACAUACUGCAUGCAUGCACUGAGCUGUGCUGUUGUGUGUGGCUGCAUGUCUACGUGCUGACACACACGCUCAGUCUUUAGCUCUCUGUCCUGCACACAGAGGACAUAUACGAAUAAUCACGACUGUGCUGCAGUUGAUGUCUGCUUUUAGACGCUUAAUACUUCGCUUCAGAGCUAUAUAGUAUUGUUAUAAAGCUUUUAAAAAGGCAGAUCGCAGUAACCACAUUUUAAAAAAAAAACAUACUGUAUAUGAUGUGAUGAAGAAAGAUAAAGAAAGCAGGAAUAAAUUCACACAGAAUGGACAAAUUUUACGUCAUGAUUAAGUGAAAAUUAACCCCCAAAAUCGAUUCUUGUUGAUCAAUCUGAAAGAUUUUCGAUUAAACAGCUGAUGAAAACUAUAGAAGAAACUUAAGAAAUACAAUAUAAUGACUGCCAUGCAGAAGUGUCAGCUUUUGGUGGCAAAUGCUAUGGUUUCAUGAAUCACUUGAUGAAGAUAAUAAACUGAUUAAAUGACACUGUUUUGCACUGUAGUUAGGGGUGUAAUGGUAGAUCAGAUUUCAGUCUGGUAUGGUUCUUGGUUUUAAUGUCUAAGUUUGAUAUAUUUUCUGUAAAGUAAGGAAACUCAUUAUUUAAAAAUUUUCCACUACAUCAAAGUUUUCAGGCCACCUCCAAAAAAAUGAGAUUGCUAGAUUAAACCUGUAAAAAUAUUUAUUAAAAAAAACUCAAUUUUCAUGGAGAAAGAUUAUUAGAUAAGUUAUGCUUUAUCUAACCUUCAAAUUUAACAAAAGAUAAAUUUCCAAUCUAUUUCAGAAGAUUCAGAAUUUUAAAACAGUAUAGUCAGUAUUAUUCCUAAAUCCUAGCUGGCUGCCUUUCUGCUAUUUAACUACUGUAUAUGUUAGUUUAAAUAGACUAUUUAUGUAUCAUGCUUUCUCUGUUCUACCGUCCACUUUAAGCACUUUUACAUUACAUCUCACAUUCAUCCAUUCACACACUGAUGGCAGAGGCUACUAUGUGUAGAGGUCAUCUGUUUUAGACUAGUCUCAUUCACACACCACUGGGCUCAGCAAGUGGGGGCAGCUGGGGUCAAGUGUCUUGCCCAAGGACACUUCAGCAUCUGGGUAGCCCUGGGAUAAAACUACCGACCUUCUGAUAGAGAGACAAUCAACUUUACCACUGAGUGACAGCUGCCCUAUUUUUAGCAGGGAGAAGUUUGCCUUAGCCUGAAAUUAAGAUUCUUACACAUAAUAUAACUUAGUUCUCAUGUUCAGUGGCUGCUGGUCAAUAGGGGGCACUAUAGGGGGUUGCCCCACCACCCUCGACAAGGAGAAUGGUGCCGUAUUAUUGAGUAAUAUCUUUUAAAAAAAAAAAAAAAAAAAAAGCAGAUUGAGGUUUAAAUUUUUUCAAAUGUAGUCAAUAUUUUUACCAGGUGGAUAAAAUAAAUAAACUGCAGUUACAAUGUAGAUUCAGGGUUUUUUUGUGUGUUUAUGUGUUUUUUUAACCCGGGCGCCCUUAGGCCUCCCUUGACUCCUAUUAUAAAGUUGCUCUUCUGCAUUCCCUCCUAUAAAUACAUGAUAUAGGAGCUUGUUAGUGGAAUGAUAAUGUAAGAUGAGUAUGAAGUUCCAAACAAUAAAAUAAAAACAUCACAGUAAGUACAUAUGUCAACAAUUGGCUGACAUACACUGUUACAGCUAAAACCAGGUUUUCAGCUUUGAGAUUUUUGACAGCACUACGAAACAAAAGCUAAUUUUAGUUUGGUUUUCUUGUGACAAAAAAAACAGCUUGAUCAUAUUUUUUCAGUUGUGUACAUAUCAGACAGGUUAUGUACAGUUAUGCCGAUUACAAAUCAUAAAAUAAUCUGUUGAAAAUGGUUCCACUAAAAACUAAAAGAUGAUCAACAGCAGCGAAUGCAUGCAGUGGUUGGUAGGGUUGAUAUAAAGGGAUGGAGUCUUAUUUUAGCACAACAUUGUAAAACGAGAACACAUGCAUGGACACACAUACAGCACGGCAAUUGUCAAAACUAAUCUGCAUCCAGAGCUCUUCCUCUGCAGCUACAGCAUCGCCAGUUUGAACUCCGCUCCCUGAUUGGCUGCUGGCUUUCUGCUGUGCAGAUUAACACCUGAGCCAAGCAGAGAAAUGAAGACUUAGAGCAGUGUUAGGAUCAUUUUCUCACCUCUGAGACAUAUACCACAAGUUACUCUACGAUUCAAAGUGCUAAUUUUCUAUUUUACAGCCAACAAGGAGCAACCAAUUCAUAAAACAUGUGAGUGAAUUAUGCCUAAGAGCGAUGAGGAAUGAAAUCGUACACAGAUGGAAAAAAAAAAGUCAAACUCCAAGAGUAAACUCGACUUAGCAGCUAUUAAUAACGCAGAAAAUGAAAACCCAGCAGGCAGGUUAAACUGCAGCAGAGCUCAUGCAACCAGAAACUAAAAGUACUUCUGAAGUGUAUCAUUAAUAACUUAUUAAGUAUGAUGCUGGUCAUAAAGGUUAUAGAGUUUAACCCUGCAGUCAAAAUGUGUGUACGCAUGCAAACUGUAAUAGGACAUGUUGUUGAAGUUAAUUUUUACCCAGGAGUCCGUUAGCAUUUUUUACAUCAUAUCUUCUUCCUUCAUUAAUAUUCGGCUUCAUACUUUUAAACAUUUAAAAAAAGAACGAGGUUAUGGGGCUUAUCCAGGUUUUGAAUAAGAAGAAUCAGAAAAAGAAGUUUCAGAAUAAGCUGUUACAUGCACACAAAGUUAACCUGAUCUAAUAAUCUCUGUAUCCCUGAGUUUGAUGCUAAAGUUACACUUCAUAUGCGGGGGAAGAAUUUUCAGUAAACAAAAUUCUUAUUUCCUUUACUGAUUUUGAAAAAGAGCAUGAAAAUAGUUCAAUUUCUUUUCCCGCUGAAAACCUUUUUAAACUAAGUUAGCUGCUGAAAUAAAGCAAUAAUUCAGUCAACAUAGUCCAUUCUUCCAUUUUUUACAUAAAUAACCAACAUGGUAUGAGUCGGGUGUGAUUUUUGCUGUUGUCUUUGCCCGUUCAGGAUCCUCGGCGAUGAAAGUGAAAGUAAAUCCUUAUGUCCCUCGCUGCCUGCGGUCUAAAUCGGCCCUGGCAUGGAUCCAAAACAAACUGCAGCGCCGACCGCCCUCCGACACAUACAUUAGCAGUAUAGGCCAUGUGUGCGGGGCGUGUCUCUUAAUCGUGAGUAUUAACACAACAGCUGAGGAUGACCGAUACCACGGGUCUCUGUCACUGCGCCUCUGUAAACCCCCCCUCGAUCCCCCUCCCCUCUCUUAAUACGCUGCAUUAAUGACGUCCAAAUAUAGCCCUGUUUGAUGAUUCAGACUCCUGCUACGUGACAGCAGGGACGUGCAAAAUGUGUGAGAAACAAACAUGUUAAUGUGGAGUACUACAGUAUAAAAACAUGGCUUACUCACUGACUGUGGAGGAUGGGGUGAGGACUAUUUUUCAUCUAGUUUGUAUUCUAUUUUUUUUACCAUUUGAAUUCUGUAUUAGAAACAGAAAACUUUGGAAAUACAACUCUUAAUAUUACUUCACACAUUAGAUAGUGCUAAACGAUCAAAGCUCUCAGCUUGGUUAAAGUCUAUAAAAACAACACUGGUUAAGAUAUUGGAACAGUGUCAUAACUUUAAAAAAUACAAAAUCUCACCCACAUUUAGCUUCUCUUUUAAAAUUCCCAUUAAACAUUUUCAAAAAUAUUCAUGACUGUAGUUUUACAGAGACAAAAAAAUUUCAUUAUAAUAUUUUGCAAUAUUCAUGGUAAACAUCAGACAAACAACCCUAUCAGUCAAAUAAAAAAAUCUGAGAUAAGGGAUAAGAGACAUUACUUUAUAAACUUUACUUAAAAGCACGUUGGGCUAUUUCUAAGAAUUACCAUAGUUGUUUUUUAUUUGUGACGCCAGCCACAAAACCUCCGGUUAAACAGAAACGUACCAUGUUCUUCCAUGUGUUGUUCUGCGUUACAUGUUUACGAUGAAGUGUUAGGGCCACAUUAACAAAAAAAAUUUAAGACUUUGAGAUUAAAGUUAUUACGAACAAGAAUAAAGUCGUAACAAAAUCAUUAUUUACAAGAAUAAAGUUGCAAAGUAAAUUAAGUCCUAAAGCUGCUUUUGUGGAGGGGGAAAUGGCUGAACUGGUCAACUGCAGAGUUUAUCAGUUGGUGCAUCAGUGGGUUAUUCAGAGGGCUUUUAUGGUUUCUCAAGAAACAAUCCAACUGAUGAUCAACAUUUGUGAUUCAGAGAGAGUGGAGCUCCAACGAGCACCACGUCUGUCUCUGAUGCGACACAACACUGGCAGCAACCUACGCCUGCAGAGGCACCAACACCUUAUGGUAUAUAGAUUCAUACGAUAAACUAAAGUCAUAUGCUAUUGUUAUAAACGGCUGCAUUGAGGGAUUUAGCCUCUGUGCAGCCAUUUCCAGCCAUUUCCCCCUCCUCAAAAACAGCGAUUCCCUACAAGUCCGCCUGGUUCUUUCUGUGGAAAAGAUGCAUUUCUUGCAUAUGUCCUGAUACUUAUGACAAUGUGAUGCUAAAACACCAAAGGAUUUAGUAUCUCCUUAUUUGUGAAACCAGCUACUGAAGUUCAAUUCAUCUCAAUGCUCCACAGCACUCAUUUAAACAACUAACAACAGGUUAGAAUAGCUAUUACCAAGAACUUAUUCUCGUAAGAAAUUGUUUCAUUACGAGUUUAUUCUUGUAAGUAAAGAUUUUAUUACGACUUUAUUAUCGUAAGUAACUACGGUCUUAAUUUUUUUUCCUUAAUGUGGCCCUAAUACUCUGUCACGUGUCUCAGUAGUUUUACAGAGGCAAAAAAAAAAAUUCAUGAUAAUAUUUUUGUUAAGAGAUGCUACUUCAUAAACAUUACUUAAAAGCACGUUGGGCUAUUUCUAAUAAUAGCUAUAGUUGUGUUUUAUUCACGACACCAGCCACAGAACCUCAGAUUAAACGGAAAUGUUCCAUGUUCUUCUAUGUGUAAUUCUACGUUAUACAUUGUUCACAAACACUUGGCUUUUUUACAAAAGCCAGAAAAUCUCUUAAACUGGUAAAGGAUGCUUUUUUGAGGUUAAAGUGGGCUACGUUCUCUUCGGUCAUUUCCCCUUAUGUAACCUCUGUUGUAGUCGCUUCUGGAUUCGUUGCAAUAUACGAACAUGCGUGGACCCGAUGCACUGGAAGAGUUUGUUUGGUGUAUCUGCUUCAUGUGAUGAUUAUUCUUUUCCUUUUUUGGAGUGUUUUCAAACGCUUUCUAUCCUUUCUAACUCUACAGUUAGAGGAAAAGUUAAGCUCUCUAAUCAACGCUCGAGCUAUAGUUCUGAUUUUAAGAUUUUAUCAGGUCACUUCCCAUUCAGCUCCAAUAAAGUUAAGUCUCUGUCUUUUUUUAGUUGCUCAUAAUAGUUUCAAACAGGAUUAAAAACUUUCCCCUGACCACAAUCUCUUGUAAGAAGGUUAAUGUGAUCAGUUUAUUCACCUAUAAAUACAUACAAUUCCAAACCACCACCACCACUACUUUUAAUGCUAUAAAAACAUCGUAGCUUGAUCUCGUCAAUCACAGAGCAGCUCACUAAAGUCUGCACAACUACAUCCCUCCAAAAAUAACUGACCCACAAGAGAAAAUGCUUCUUGGUGUUGGUUUUACUGGGGUUAAGUAACACUUUAUCCCAACUCUUUCCUAUGAUUGGUCACAAGCACUUUAAGUCUUAUUUUGGCAGCGUCAUGUUUGUGUUUUUGUUAUCAAGGCUACACAUCGUCCCCUCACUGGAGAGGCUCCAGGAUGACAUGUAGGGAUUGAGUAUUAAAUUGAAGCGGCACAAGCACAGAACAUCCCUGCUAAUCCCGUUGUAAAUAGCAUGGUGGGACAAAUUGGAAGCAGUCAAAUAUUUGCAAAAUAUUUAGAGUGUGCUACAUGUUUUUUGGGGCUCAGCUUCCAGGAGAAAAAAGCCAUCUGAGAGAUAAACCCCAGAAAACCCAGACCGAGUCUGGCUCUCUGUGGAGCAGUGUCAGUAAGCUUUACCCUCCAGGCUCCAUGAUGAAGGCUGGGACCAGAGCCAAGCUGGCCUCUGGGUCACAGUUCCAGGACACAAAGUUUUGUCCUCUGAGAGUGUCGGCAACUGGACCUUAUUCUCUUUGGCGUGUCUGCAUGGUCCUGAAACCCUCCCACCAGAAAAAAAAAAAUCAGUCGAAACUUUGGUCUUGUUUUUUUUUUUUUUACUGGCAUAACUUUGUUGGAGAAGCGCCCGGCUGUUCCAGGGAAGCCAGUUUCUGAAAGUGCCAAGCUUUCACUAAAAGGCCUUUGUGGUUAGCUUUAAACCUUUGUGGUCUUUCUGAGUGUGUCUCUGUUCAGAGGUGAGGCAGUAAUGGUCGCAAACAACCAUAUUAUGCAUGCUACAACAGUAGAUGAAGAUGAUGCAGAAGCAGUUUGUGUGAGCAUACUGUGUGAAUGUGUGUUCAGUGAAAUGCAGAUGUAAACAGCUUUACUUUAACUUUAUCUGAAACCACUUUGUAGCCCACAUCCUCUCCAGCUCCUACUAGUAGUAGUAGUAGUAGUAGCAGUAGUAGUAGUAGUAAUUUCCAAGUAGUUUUUUUUGGCAAUUUUUGUCUUUAUAGAUAGGAAAGUGUGAAAUGUGGAGAGAGAGAGAGGGAGGGGAGGACAUGCAGUACACUGUCGGGGCUGGUCUCAAACCCCUGACCACUGUGGGGACCGUAGUCCUCAUGUAUGGGGCGCGCUAAUUAGGGCCCGACUGAGUUAUCGGCGAGCCUAUUAAAUCGUCCAAUUUUAGCCUGUUUGAGACUAAUCAGUAAUCGGCCAAAACUCUCCAAUUUUCACUGAUAUUUUCAGAGAUAAAAUGUUAAGAAUAAGAUUCGGUUAAAAACGCUUUUCUGGUCCGAGUCUGAUCAGUUGGUUUUCCUGUUGGCGUGAAGAGCAGUAGCCUACAGUAUAUCUGCAGUUUAUAGUAUUCUGUAGAUAUCUACAAUAUAUAUAUAUAUAUAUAUAUAUAUAUAUAUAUAUAUAUAUAUUAUAACUUAAUAAAAAAAUUUAAAAAACGGCCAAUUAAUCGGUAAUUGGAUUUUUUUCCCCCCUUAUAAUUCACGGGCCCUAGAGCUAAUUCACUCAGCCAUCUGCACACCCCUCCAGCUCCUUAUUUUUAUGCACUUUUAUUUUAUCAGCGUCAUAUAAUAGUUGACUCUGUGACGUACCUGGCGUCGUCAAUGCUGCAGAUGAGAGGUGUGCUCUCCACGUAAGUAUGUGACAGAUCAGAGCCAUACUGCAAAAAACAACGACUGUAUGUAAAUAACUUUUGGCAGAGGUAGUCCUUUCUUUUCACUCUGUUUAUGUGUCGUUGGAAAGUUUCUAAAUCUAGUGCUAUAAUGGACUCAGAUAUCAAAUGAAACCAGCUUUCUGGAGAUCGCUCAUUUCCAGGUAUUUGAUCUAAUCACAUUUUGAUUUGACUCAGUACAUUGUUUAGGAUGUUAAAUUAAUAGAUUGACAGGAUUGGAUGUAGUCUUCCAGAUUAAAGCUUCAGCCAUGUUAUAUUAGGAUGCAGAAGCAGUCUGCCAUUCAGGAAUAGUAAACAUCAGGAUGCUGUAAUUGACCAAUUAGCGUGGAUGAUUUAACAAAGCCUUAUAGUACGAUUAACAAAGAAACAUAGAGUAGGUAAGCAGACAAACAAAACAUGCGGUCAAAUUAAAACGUGACUGAAUUAGAGUGUGUUUUAUUUCACAGGAAGAAAGAGGAAAAUGUUGAUCCUAAUAUGCAAACAGAGUCCACUUUGGUGUUUUGAUGCACAUUAUUUAACGUCCAGUAACUUCUGCGCACUUUAAUGCUAACACAAGCAUGUUUGGGAAAGCCAAGCUGUUCUUUUCAAUUCAGUGAAAACGCCUCUGGGUGACUGCUGGAGCGCUGUUAUGCCACAUGUAUGUGCUGGCAGCGGGGAAUGUAAAUUUUUCAUCAUGUACACUUGUGUCCACUGGAGCUUGAUAACAAGAUCUGCUCUUUGUCCUCCUCUGGCCAUCCAAGAGGCUUUGUGUUGGCCCACUUUUCUGGAUGGAUUAUGAGAGUGACGCUGCAGUACCUGUGCUUUCUCAUCUGUAAACUAGCGGAGAACAAACACAGCCGAGCUAUGAAACAGACAAACACAGCCGCUGUCAAAACACAGUGUUCAUGGUCAGUUUGAAAUGUUUUUACAGAGGAAACACAGAUGUCAGGGGAGCAGUGUUCAUAUCAUUGAAGGGACUUUUUGUGUAAUGUUAUUAUUUCAGCUUCUGUUUUCUCUGCAGCAUAAACUGACCUUUGUGUCUGAGAGAUAGACUGCAGUUUUUUGAUCACAUGAAUAAAAUAUCUAAGAUUUGAUUGUGGUUAUCGCCACAAACCCGCAAACAAAAAAUAGACAUCCCAUUAUCAAUCAGUUACUAUUUUCUUAGCUAUAUUAACCCUGCGAUUGAUCCCAGUUAUCUUCAAACCUGCUAAAGGAAUUCUGGGUCCAAAUCUCACAGAGUUUUUUUGCAAUGAUGAGGAGAUAACAUAAACUUUAGAUUUAUUUUUGGUGGCCGUUUUUAGGGUUUAUUGUCUGAUACUGUAGAGGAGAGUAGGCAGAGAAAGAAACAGGUGAAAGAGGGGGAACAACAUGUAGUUAACACGCCACAAUGUGGAAUCAAACACAGGCUACCUGUGUAUGUGCGGCGCACCCUGACAGUUAAGCUAUCAGCACCCCUCAAUUGCUUGCUUCACGCAAGCCUGAUGAAGCCUGUGAGGUGAAACGCAUUGUUCUUUUAACCAAUAAAUAAGUUCACAUUCUGACCACGUUGUGUGCGGUGGAGCACUUUUCUUAUAUGUAAAAUAAACUUGAUCUUAAUAUUAGACUGCAGGUAUUUUAAAAACUGUCAGACAUCUGCAGUUAUUCAGUUAUUCAGACAACUCCAUUACUCCUCGAAGAGCAGUUCACUUCACAGUAACCCGCCUUGUUGUUAAAUGAUCAAGGAACAGACAACGAUCAGGAACAGACAAAUACCAGACAUUCACAGCAGCAUAUGGCCCAAACAUUCUGCUGUCAGCACCACAAAUCAGCAAUAAAUAAAUAGAUAAUAAAUACAUGUUCACAGUGGUAUGAAUAAAAUGUAAUAAGAAAUGAUGCGAUUAAAAAGAGUAAAAUCAGGACUUUCAUUGAUUUCAUGGUAGCAGAAUCGAUGAGUGAAAAGUGAUAACUGAUAAUUUAAAUCUCCAAACAUGUAGACAGGACUCGUAAGCAACUAAUAAAAGAAACGUGUUUUCUACACAAACAAAAGGUCGACGGCAUUUACUCCAGGUUCACACGGUCAAUAUGGUGAUCAUGAAGACUAAACAAAGGAAGAGCUGCAGAACAAAGACCAACAAAGACCCUCAGACUGCAGUUAUUAAAUUUUCAUAUGUGAAGCAGCACUGAGUUAACCACAUGUUUUAUUUCCAUGUUUACCAAGCUGUCUGGAAUAAUGCAGCAGGAUUUUUCCUGUCCUGGGUAUCUCCUGCAUUUCUUUGUGGGACAACAACACCACACUUGAGUGUAUCCAGCAUAUGGGAUGCGAUACCCACGCCACUCGCUUACCAAUAUGUUGGAUUAUGUCACACAUUGUUCUCAGCGGCCCUCGAAAAGUCAAUCCAAGAGGUCUGCAUGGGAAUAGGGUCAGGGGUGUCCAACCAAAGCCGAGUCCCGUGUGAAGGUCCGAGCCUCCUAGCUUAAAGCCCAUAUGCUCUUUGGGGUCCGCCUGAAACUCCUGACAGCGACCCACCCCUCUGAUAGACUUCUUGUUAAGUCCUUUCUACAGACAACAAAAGAUCUGACCCAGAAUCCAGUCACCCAAUCAUGUUAUACAUCACCUCUGGGGUCAGAGGUCAUCACGGGUCAUAGCAUGAUGCUCCUGCAGGGUCAGAGAUUAAUGUGCUUGACCAAUGCUCUCUUUCUCAUGACAUCACCGCAGCCCAUUGCCUAAAGAUAAAGAUAUUAUCAAUAAUUUUGACAAUAUUGGACUCAAUUUACUCAAGUGUGAUCAAUCGGUUUAUAAUCUGAGGUCAGGUGUUGCUACUGGAGGUUAAAGGGAUAUUACGGCAUAAAAUUAAAUUAGGGUCAAACACACAUAACACCAAGUUAGACACCCCAUCGAGAGAUAAAUGUUGCCGACCGCUUGCUUCUGUAGUUAUACCAACUUCAGUAAUGACCACAGAUAGCAAUACAGAGAGCCACACACUCCACCAUAAAGCUACUCUAUAGCCACAAAUAAUGCUCAGAACAGCACCUAACUUCAUCCAAAGUACAUAUAGGGUCCCAGCCAUAGUACUAGCCACCAAACAUCCUUUUAGCUUUGCCUAAUUUCUUUAGCAAAGAGAAUAAACACACUUACCCACUUUCCUCCAGUAGCCGCUUGUUUGUAGCGGAGAUCUCACGCGAGUCCAUUGACUGCUGUGGGGGGGACGCAGCUCAAGGAAGAACAUUUAUGAUCAUUUCUUUAUCAUUUCCUUUAAGUAAUAAUCAUCAUAUUGAUCAUUUUGCACUGCAGACGCGGUAGUUCUUCUGCCUUAGCAUCUCUGUCUGAUUACAUUUCCAUGAAAAAAUGAUCAUAAAUGUUCUUCCUGUAGCUGUGUCCCCCCCUGCAGCCAAUGGACUCGCCCGGGGAUCUCACUAUAUGUACUGUUGAUGAAGUUAGGUGCUGUUCUGAGCAUUAUUCGUGGCUAUAGAGUGGCAUUUUGGUUGAGUGUGUGACUCUCUGUAUUGCUAUCCUGCGGUCGUUACUAAAGUUGGUAUGACUAGAGAAGCAAGCGGUCAGUAACACUCGUCUCUCGGGGGGGUGUCUAACUCGGUGUUAAGGUGUGUUUGACCCUAAAUUCAUUUUACGCUGGAAUAUCCCUUCAAAAGCUUUAAAAAAAAACAGUCAAAUUUCAAGACCAAAAGACAAAAGUCUUUUUCUUCACAGAUGAUCAAGUAAUCUAUUCAUUAGAAACCUUAAGGAGUCGUUUGAGAAGAUGGAUGGAUAUGAAAAACUCUAAUUUUAAACAACAACCUAGGUUUCUCUCUAAAAUGAACAUUAAUUGAAGUCCAGCUCUGUGAAACAGUAUUUCAUUGUAGUUUAAUGGAGCAGGCUUAGAUUAGAAGAGAGCCAGCUGAAGGGUCUGACUUUACCGUCACUGGACUUGAUUGUUCCUUAAAAUCUGGCUUCUUAACACACCCCUCAGCUGUUCAAUUAGAAGUUUUGGCAUUUUCAUUGUGCAAGACGCUAACGCUGACUGUCCUAUUUUCAAAUUCACUGACUCUUAUCUUGUAUCUGUCAGGUUUUUACAUAAAAUCAAGAUCUCAUGGUCAAGUUUCCCUCCAGUAGCGGUCAGUAUUUGCCCCCUCAGCCUGAUAACUCCUCCGUAUUUCUUGACCAUCAGAGCCGAACAGAUGAGGGGGGAAAAGAGUCAUGACAUCAUGCUGGGAAAAAGGGAGAAUCCCAUCAGGAUGGGAACAGCUGGAGCCACCAGCCAAUGAGAGAGUAGGAGGCAGGGACAGGGAGGGCGGGGGGAGGAGCUGGGGGGAAGGGAGGGGGGGACUGGAUAAGAGAGUAAGGGGAGAGAGUGUGUGUGCUGAUGGUGGAGGGGGUUGAGCCGAGCAGAGCAGAGCAGGCGGUGAAGUGCAAAUAUAGUGACGCCUGAAGGAGCUGUCGUAAACGUGAGAGUUUGAUGUUUGAACUUGAUAUAUGACUUGGGCUUCUUGUCCUUGAAAACCACCGUCAUUUCACAGACAGGAGAAGAGAGGAGUGAGCAAGGGAGCAUUAUUAAUUUUAAGAGUUUGCUCAACUGCCACAAACUGGGACCACACUUUGAAGUUUACAUUCACCAUGAAAACUAAAAAAAAUUACAGCAAAUCUUUUUUUUUUUCAUAAAAUAUAGAAUAUGCAUGAGCAGCGUAACGCCUUUAUACUCUUAUUAUUCCACAGAGUAAUGAUACCAAUGUUUAACCUACUGUGAGGUAGAUAUUAAGAAAGGAAAAGAUGUAUACCCCUCUGAGGUUUGGAAUAAAUGUUUCCUCCUGUUGCAAAACACUUGAUUUCAGAACUUUUUAAGCAACACAAAUGUGACUCAUGCAAUAGGUUAUUGUGGAAAUGCAUCAUGCAGUAAAUUAGUGCAAAUUAAGUCUCAAUAAGUUGAGUCAUCUUCAUAUUUUGAGUAGCAAAAUAAACUUUUAUUUUUAAAGGUCCUAUUUUCACUUCAGACAUCUUAACAUAACUUUUCUGGCCAAAAACAACAAACCUAAAGAUGCUAAAGUUCAGAGCUUCAAGACCCUGGUCUGGGUUGCAUUGAUGACUUAAGAAUUCAACAGUAAAUGCAUUAGCAAAAUGGUUCCACAUUAAAUAUUGUUUUGCAGAUUUUUAUUAAAUGUAAGGUGUGGCAUUGACUCAGCUUGUCCUGUGGAUAGUGGUAGGCCUGCAGAUCUCCUCAGAAGACCAAAAACAACAACAGUAGAUUUCUCUUCCUGAUGUACGGUGCAUCACUGAUGUGCUGAAUUCAUAGAAACCAUGAUGUAAGUGAGUUAGACAAAAUAAAAGGCCUGGAUUUGGUGAAUUAGACUUUCAGAUUGCAUGUGAUUAAUCUUUAAUAAGCAGGGGUCUGGCAUGCAUGCAGCAUCUUUGGCUUUUUUAACAUGAGGCAAUCUGACAGUCACAGCAGUGCUUUGCAAACAUUAUCACAGGACUAAAACUUGUCUGCCUCUCCCCCAUCUCCCCCACCUCUCCUUCCUUCCCUCCCUGUCUGUCCCUCUCCACAGUCGCCCUGAACAGUCGGAACGGAGCGACUCCAGCGGGCGUGAAUGAUGACGAGAGCAAAACAGCAGGAGCUGCAGAGAGCAAGAUUCCUGAAGGAGAACUUUUACUGCAGGUCAGUGUCCAGCCUUUUCUUCUUUUAUUUAUGUUUCUGUUACUUGUAAGAUCAUUGCAAAAAGUAGAGUUAACCCUCCUUAAGUCAUAGCAGUAGUGACUACAAUAUGCUACAAUGCUCCACUAUCUAGAUGUAAACAAUCGCAUAUUACAGAUAGCAGCUCAUGAUUCAGAUUCAGACAACUUCAUUAAUCUGGGAAGGACAAUUCACGUCAAAGUUACCCGCCUUGUUAUGACAAUCAAGGAACAGACAAAAACCAGACAUUCACAGCAGCAUAUGACCCAAACAUUCCCCUGUCAGCACCACAAAUCAGCAAUAGAUAAAUAGAUAAUAAAUACAUGAAGCAAUACAUUCAACAGUGGCAUGACUAAAAUGCAAUAAGAAAUAAUUGACAAUCCUGAGACCCCAAUUUCACCACCCCAAAAUCCAACACAGGUCACCAAUCCGCUACUACUUAACAUUUAGCAGCCUGAUCGCUGAGGAGUUAAAUGAGUUGGAGUACCUAUUUGUUUUUCUAGGGGGAGCAUAGUAGCGCCUCCUAGAGGGCAUAAGAGAAAAGUCUGAGAAAAGGAUGUGUCCAGGCUGGUCCAUAGUAGUGCAAAGUUUGUUGAUGCUUCCAUCUAGAAAAUGGAGAUGAACUUGAUUUAAGUAAGGCAUAGCAAACACAGACUUAAAAGUUAAAGACUGGUGGUGCUAGCUCUGCUAGGGUUAGGCACUCUUGGCAAACCAAUUUAACAUUGCUCACUCACAGACUGCAUGGCACUUAGGUUUGGCUGUUUUCUGAAUGUUUUCUUGACUUUAGGGUGGUCUGGUUAUUCUUAUUUAAAGCUCCAGUAAGAGACUCUUGUUCUGUGUUGAUUUUGGUGAGGCAGUGCUGAUUACAUUUCUGCUGAUUGUGUUUUCUGUUAAAAGUUCUCAUACAUUACCAUCAUGCUGAAGUGUAUCACUCAUGGUAGAUAUUUGCUGUUGGAAAAACAUUGUUUCUUUUGCUUGAUGUAGAUCAUCUGGUUUAAUAUUUAAUCCCUCACGGUAGUCACAGGCACCAGAAAUAACAGUGUGUUGGAAUAGUAAUGCUUGCCAUCAGCCUUUUGUUUCUGCAUUUCUGACGUUAAAAGUCAAAGUCCAGAUGGGUUUACAUUGUCUUUGGUUCAGAGCAUGCUGCAUUUUCUCCGAAGCUAAAGGGUACCUUGUGAGUUGUAGAGAUUGUGACAAAGUGUUGAUGUUUGAUGACUUGGAAUGAAAGCAGGACAUAAGGAAAGAGGAGAUGAGGACAUGAGGAGGCCAUAAAUAGAGUGCUGAGAAAAGCCCUUGGGUGGCUCACAGCCAAGGAUGCAGUGACGGCGCCCUUCCAAAUCAGAAACGGGGGGGAUGUUAUGGUAAAACAUUUGCCCUUUGGGGGUGUAAGCCUUAUAUUUGAAGCAGUGAAGUCUUUGUCAUAGAAAACUCCACGUAUAAAAUCAUAAGACAUAUACCAAAAAAGGUUAAUAUAUGUAAUCCCUGCUUUACAUAAUCCAAUCUUUUUUAAACUUGUCUUUUCAGUGCGUAGGUUGGGCAUCAGAUGUUACCUCGUGGAGCAACAAAAACAUUUGACAACUUUAUUACGUAUUUUGCACAAGUGGUUGAAAUUUUCUAAUUUCCAAAACCGUCCAGUGAACUCAGAUUGGUUAUUCGGCAACUGCAAUGAUUUGAUUUGUGUGUCUGGACUGUUGUCAUGUUUUAUUUUUUAUUUUUUUCUUUCUCACUGACGAGCACCCAAAAUCUAUUUAGGCCAAUGACAGAGGCUCAGAGGCUCAGGGCAGCUUACCACUCAAUACGUCUGGCACAGUCUGCUGUGGCCUCGUGAAACAUUAGUCUAGUGUUGAUUCCAGCGCAGCCCGCAGCUGAUCUGAAUGUGAUCUAAACAGUUCUAUGUUUGGUGUAAGCGAUCCCAAAAUAAACCCUGACUUAAUGACGAUCCUUUGGAACAGACACGUGAUUAUUAGGGGUAAUUCAAAUGGUAGAGAUGAGCUCAUUCAUCUGGAAAUGAUAUGUUGAUCAAAUACAGUAAUGAGGAUGUCAAAAGUUUACUUUUUUUUAAGAUGAACUACAUCUGUAAAAUGCUUUUUUUUUUUUUUUGUUGUGAUCAAUGUCAGUAUUUCAAUUGUAAAUUACAACAGGCUGCAUGAACAACUGUAUGUCUAAAUUUCCAUUAUUUUGCAUCUCAAAACAGCUUUUAAUCAAAGGUCAUUUUUGAUACCAGAUUUAGGUAUCAAACGUACAAACUUUAUGAUCUUGACUUUCCAAAAUCUAAAUUAAUGCUAAACUUUCAGACAUUGUGUCCUUUAACCAUGGCUCAAGUUUUGGGUUCAUGUGUCUUUGAUUUACCUGUAAGUAGAUUUGUUUCGCAACGAGAUGAUGAAAUCCAGUAAAAUAACCAUUUUUGAAAUAGCUAUGACAUGAAACUGCAAAAACAAUCACAGUGGAAACUAUCCAAACAUACUAAAACAUGGUGAAAAAGUACUUUAAUUCUCUAAUAUUCUUAUUUCAGACAGAAUAAUAUUGAUAAUGGAGUAAUAACCCUUGAUAAAAUGAUACAAGGUGUAUAAAUCACCAAUGCAACUUUGAAAUAAACAGUCAAAUUAGAGAGGCCACCAGAGUGAACAUACAUAAAGGGGCUUUCACCCAAGGUACAAGCAAGGAGCAUAAAUAAAUAAUACUCCUGCAGUGUGCUUGCAAAUCUUGUUAAGUCUUGUUUAGCUUGGCUCAUCUUGUUUAGACUUAGGGGUAGGUGACAGCUGCAAAGUGCUUAUUCCUUUAAGCUUUUUCAUUAUAAUGGGUAACGCUGUAAGAAAGUCUUUCAUGAGCAUCAGUAUGGUGUGUAGUUUUUCGAUUAUUCUAGGAUUAUUUUGCUUCUCACUGAAAUCCAGUGAUCCCCAUUAUUUUCACUUUGACUUCAGUCUUGGUAGCUGCACUUGUAUGCUUUGCUCAUAGGUUGUAACCUGAAGUUAAAACUUAAACUCUGUGAUAAUUCAUUCCAUUUGACCCCAAAAGUAGGAUACAGAUCUCAAACAGGACAGAUAUUUUCUCUGGUCGUCAAACUCCUUUUCAUAGAGUUUACCCAACGACUAAACUGCGCGCUUUCAUCUGUACAUACUGCUGGAAUUUCAGGUCAGGGUUCAGCGUUUUAAGAAGAGGCGUUCAACCGACCUGUUUUCCAAUCGAGUGAAAGCAUGGAAAAGAAAAUCUCUCCUGGUUCAUGGCGGUUUUGUGCCCUCUGCACUGUCUGUGUGAUUGGCUGCCAGAUCUUUUUGGGAUCUGCUGGAGUCAUUGAUUUUCCAGUCCAGUUCCUCCCAAUGUGCAUCACACUGGCAUUCCAGGAGAGGAGAGGAAACAGCCUUCCCUGCCAUACCCGAGCCUACCAGGGAGGUUUCAUUAUUAUGAUAAGCCUACAUUUCCCCUGCCUGUUAGUAAUGAGAAAUGAAAGCUCAUUUGGAGGAAGGAGAGAGAGGGGGCCUCCUCCACCUCCUCCUCCUCCUCCUCCUCGUCUUCUUCUUCUUCUUCUUCUUCCUCCCCCUUCUUAGUCGUCAGAAUGAGAGGAGGACAUGGAUGGCAAAUGCUUCAUUUAUUCGAGAACCAAAGUCAGAGAUGGUUUCUGUCUUAUCAGAUAGUGGUGAAUUUUUGAGGAACUGUAAUCAAAUCAAUUAUUUGCACUCGUAAAAAGGAGGAAACAUUCAUUAUGUAAUAACUGUGCUUUGGCUUUUAGUCAUCACUGACAUUACACUCUUUCAAAAUCGCUCUUUUCUGACAGCAUCUAAAAGCAUCACACUCACACCACGUAGCUUGUAGGAGACCUCUUUUUCUCCAUAUUCCAACUAAUUAAUAGAGGAAUUGCCAAAGAUGCACAAUAAUGCCAAUACACCAAAAUAAUGUACAAGAACUUAUUCUAAAUCCACCAACAGUUGAGUGCAGGCAAGAAUCUACUGCUGUUUGUUACCUGAAAAAGACAGGGGACAUUCAACAUCCCACAAGAAAUUAAUAAUUGAAAUCAGUCAACUUAGUGCCAGUUAUUUAACAACACCUCACUGGAUUUGUGUUAAAAAUCUUACCUCCACUUUUUUAUUUUGGUGGUGCUAAAAAACAGAGUUGAGUUUGUGUUUAUGCAAGAGUGCUCUCUGUUCAGAAAAAUGAAUCAUGCAUUGAUUAGUGAAAGGUGUUGGUGUCAAUAAAAUUAUUGCUCUGCAACUGGCACACAUGAGAUUGGUGUAUAGAUGUAUAUAUUGAUGAAUAAUCUCUUAAUCAAUAGUUGUAUGUGACAAUGCAUGAAUGAUUGAUUAGUAAAUUAAUCUUUCAGUAGAUAUUAAGAUGGGUAGAUGGAGGGAUGAAGUGGUUAAUGAAGGGUUGGAUGGAUUGAUGGUCUGAUGAAUGGAUUAAUGGACUGACAGUUGGAUGGGUGGUUGGAUGGAUGAUGGAGAGAUGAAAUGAUGGAUCCCAAACUGGAUAAAGAAAUGGAUGGAAGGAUGGAUGGAUGGAUGGAUAACUUUAAUUUGAAAGUUAGAUGAAUAGUUGGAUAGAGGAAAUUUGGAUGAAUGGAUGGAUGGAUGACAUUUGAAUGAAUAGAUGGAUGACAUUUGGAUGGAUGGAUGAUGGAUAAAUGCAGGAUGACAUCAAGAUUGAUGUUUGAUGGAAGAAUGGAUAGAUGGAUGGAUGGAUGACAUUUGGGUCAGUGUGUGUAUGGAUGGAUGGAUGACAUUUCUAUCAUUUGAUGGAUGGAUGGAUGACAUUUGGAUGGAUGGAUGAAUGACAUUUGGAUGGAUGGAUGGAUGGAUGAAUGACAUUUGGAUGGAUGUAUUUAAAGCAUUUGUAUCAGUGGUUGGAUGAAUGGAUUGUUGGAUUGAUGGAUGGAUGGAUGGAUGGAUGGAUGGAUGGAUGGAUGGAUGACAUUUGCAUCAAUUGAUGGAUGGAUGGAGACAGUUGGCUCUGUACAUGCACUGUGUCUUAAUUAGACUUCAUAGUUGUUGUUUUUUUGGGUAACUAACCACAAUUUUAAUGACCUGGGAGGGUGGAAGUAGAGGCUGAGUACUAGCGUCUGUCUCACGGAAAAAGUGCCCUUUUUCCACUUCUUGCAUUUCAGACUUUGGCAACAUUGCAAUAUCAAACAUUCAGCAUGUGAUAUUAAACUUAUGGAAACUAUUUUUGGGAGAGGAACCUUCAUACCAUAAAGCAGAAUGUAGAGUCCACUUAAGGCUCAUUAGACAAUCAACUCUGCUUUGACAUUUGCCUGUUUAUUUUUAGUCAUGGGGAGUGUGGCAGAUAAUUGUGAUGUUCUCUGGUGUAUCAUCAAAAAGAAACAAACAUGACGUCUCCAGCUUUAGUCACCCUGCUCUCUGUGGGCUAAAUUUGGAACAAGAUGACUGUACGAGUGCGGAUGUUUGUGGUUGUAUGAGGACAGCCCUGUGAGUGCUUGUGUUUGUGUUUAUAUUUGUUUACCAAAUGUUGCCAUACCAGGGGAGAGCACGUGGGUCUUUAGUGAGGUGGAAAUGACAGACCAGCUGUUCCUCUUUGCAGAGAAAUACACAGUCCGCUUAAUUUCACCAAAAAAUCUCCCUUUAAAUAUCUAUUCUAGUCUCCUUUUUUCCUACCAUUUCCUAGAUCUUAAUUUUCGUCUUUCCCAUUUUACACAUGUGCAAGAAGCGUUUUCAGUAGAAAUGUCCACUUCCACAGAGAGUAUCUGGUAAUGUCAACUUAAUUCUACAUUUUCGUUCUUGAAAGCUCAAACAAAAAGGGAAAUGUUGCGUUUGUUACCAAAAGUUAAGGAUCUAUAUCCCCCCUAACUCUUUGUUUCUGUGUUUACUAUAACCCACAGGCUCUCAAUGGCUUCGUCCUGGUCGUUACUGCUGGUGGAACCAUCUUCUACUCCUCCCACACCAUCCAGGACUACUUGGGCUUCCACCAGGUAUUUUCACAACAGUAUAACUGACAGUUAUCUUGUUGAAUACAGGAGUUGAAGGGUCUCUUGAAAAAUGACCAUGCUGAGAGUCAGAGAAACAGAGCCAAAUCUAAGAUAAAUAUAAUGGAGAAGUUAAAAAAACCAGUGUUGAAAUGUUGCAUCAAAAGUUUCGAUAUGAUAUCGAGAAUUGCAGUAUCCCUGUAGACCCAGAAAUCCAAAUCUACAAAGGCCUGUAAAAUGAGUAAUAUCCAAACAGCUCCAGGCUCCGUUUUAGACAUUGAUAGAUGGCUCUGGUAGGCUGGGUUGCGUGCAGCAUCUGCUGAGAGCAGCACAGGGGUCUUGUUUGAUCCAUUGCUCUACUCGCUGCAUGGUGCAGAGUCAAAGAGUAAAACAACGGCAAAAAAAACACCUGACCUAUUUAUAACUUGGCCUUUUGUAUAAAGCAGCAGUCACAGCAGUGGGCUGCAGUGAACAACACAACUCUGCCCCACAGCUUAACACAGCAGUGCACACUGAGACUCUUUGGACAGCUGGGUGCAUCUGUGCGCUGGUGUUUUGGAAAAGUACACACUACAGGGGGAGAUUUGUCAUACAAUCGACUGGUGCUUGCUAAAACCAUUACCAGCAAGAGUAAAGCGUCCGUGACCGCAAAAACAUCCGAGUCAUGCUCUCAGCAAGCUUCCUCUCAGACUCUUCAUACUGUGCAUCACUCCAAACGCCUUGAAAGCCACUGAGUUGGGGCGCCGCUGGCAGAGCAGUUUAAGUGCAGGCUCCAUAUAUCGAGGGCAUGCCUCAAGCAGGCGGGGUUCAAUUCCAGCCUGCAGCUCCUUUCCUGCACGUCACUCCUCUUUCUCUCUAUCUCUGCUUAUUUCCUGCUCUUUCCACUUCCCUGUGUUCUCUUAAAAAGCCCCAAAUUAAAACUGAUUAAAAAACAACUGAAACUUCUUUUGGUUUAUAGUGCUCUAUGCAGCACGGGUGACUUCAGGACUUCAGCCAACAUCUGACUUGUUAGAAACAGUGAAACCACCGCUCACUGAAGGUGUAGACACAGAUCCUGAAAAGCUUAUACGGAUGCCAGUACUUGGUGUUCAUUAAAGAAAUCCCAGCUGAGCCAGGCCUGACCCGGUGAAACUGGGCGUCUUUAACUUGAGCACUGGUUACCUUAAAUAGAAACAGAUCCUGGAGACAGUGGUGAAUUAAGCCACAGGAUCCAACAAAAAAAGACGUCGCAGGACAACCAACCAUGUUAGCUUGAAACCUCUAGGAACUGCAUGAUACGCACUCUGUCUAUUUAUUUUCUGAAUCAUGUUGCUUUUAAAUAUCUUUACCUUUGAAUUGUUCAUCUUGGCAUCACUCAUACUCCUCCCUUCUUUAUUUCUGUCUCAGACGGAUGUCAUGCACCAGAGCGUGUAUGAACUUGUCCACACUGAGGACCAGCAGGAGCUCAGGAGGAACCUGCACUGGGCUUUGAAUCCUCCAGCUGCUGCUCCUGCCAUCACUCAGGACUCUCCACAGGGUAACCAUACUGUAACAGAUGUAAAAUCCUAAUGGUACAAGACUAAGGUCGUAUUAUUAGAGUGAUAUUUAAUAAAAGGAUGCAAGAAUAAAGGUUAUGUCAUAAGAACACGUCAUAAAAUAACAAGUAUAAAGUUGUAGUAUCAGAAGUAUAUCAGCUGUAAUGUUAUGAGGAACAUGAGUCAUUGUGCUACAAGUGCAGAGUUGUAGGGUUACAAAAAUAAAGUUGAAAAUAAAAUGACUUGAAAAUAAAAGUCUUAGUGUUUGGAGAAUGAUGGUGAAAUGUUAAAUGAAUAAAAGUCUGUUAGUUACAAGAGUAGAAGUUGUAACAUUACGAUGAUAAAGUCAUAAGUUUUCACGAUGAAGAGCCUAAAUGUCACUGCUGAUGUGAAGGGAGAUACAACGUGAGCAGCGGCUUAAAAAUAAGGAAGAUGGUGCAUCUGAAUUUCUCCAUCCAUCCAUCUGCGUCUUAGCAAAGCCGACCCAGAUCUCCCUCUCCCAAGCAGCACUUUCCAGCUCCUCUUUCGGGAUCCCGAGGCAUUCCCAGGCAUGUGGGAUAUGUAAUCCCUCCAAUGAGCUCUGGGUGAACCCCAGGGUCUCUCAAUUGGAUGUGCCCGAACCAGAAUGUUGUGUAUGACCUGGAAGCUGGACAUCCAAUAAGACAGCUGUCUGUGUGUUUGUGUUCAGUGAACUUACAUCAGUGCAGGAUGUACUAUACUCCACAGUCUGUGGAAACACAGAGUGAGACAUCAAUAUCGGGAGGUUUAGUGCACACAGUUCAAGCAUUAAGCUAUAAGGCCAUCCUUGGGUCAGGUCACAUGACCCUGUAAUCUCCACUGUGGCUUAGGAGGUGAAGUGGUCCCAGAUCUGGAUUUUAAGAUGCUUAUGUCUGUAUCCUUUGGUUCUGAGCUAUGUGUGUUUAGGCUUAGACCCACAGCACUGACAUAACUAACUUGCUGCUGCACUGGGAAACUGUUAACUGUCUCUCCAAACUGCAACAAACGCUGUCACUGAGAGUUAACUCCAAGCCUCAUUACAUGAGUCCAUUUAUGCAUUCAAGAGUGGAGGGCUGCUAACAAUAUGAGACUAGUCCAGCUCAAGAUUAAAAAUACAGCGUGCUCUCUGUGGUAUUAUGGUGACAUUAAAGAACCAAAGGUGCAAGAAACUCUUACAUAAAUAUCUGUCAAGACUUUGACUUUCACUAAACUUGUCAACAAAAUGGGGAGUCAACUUGUAGCAGUGUCCUCGGAUCAAGUUCUUCAUCCCCCAGCAGUGGUCGGUUGUCCUAAGAGUGUAGUGUUUGCCUUUCUAAGAGUGAAUAUGUUGUAAUUAAAUAAUGAUACAGACACCACUUUUCACUAAUUUGAACUGACUUGGACACUUUUGUUGUAAUAACAGAGAUGGAGCCAGACAGCAGCUCAUCUGUGGUCACCUACAACCCUGAGCAGCUUCCUCCUGAAAACUCCUCCUUCCUGGAGAGGAGCUUCGUGUGUCGUUUUCGCUGCCUCCUGGACAACUCCUCCGGCUUCCUGGUAAUUGACUGCUUUUGAAGUCCUUUUGAAUCCCUGUGAUACCUGACAUGGUCCACCUUAAGUACUUAAAUUUUUACUGUAGAUUUCAGAUGAACCUGUAUGGCAGCGAGCAGGUUAUCUCCUUCCAUUUAGUUGCCCAUUAUAUUGCCUUGCAACCAUAUAUAGCCAUCGAUGUUAAAGGUAAAUUGAAUUACUGUAAAGCGAAGAGGAGCUCUAUAAUCUCACUAGAGCAUUAUUUUUUCUUUUCUCUGCAGGCUUUGAACAUCCAGGGCAGACUCAAGUUUCUUCAUGGACAGAACCAGCGGCAGGAAAACGGAGGAAAAGCUCCGCCUCAGCUCGCCCUUUUCGCCAUCGCAACUCCCCUGCAACCUCCGUCCAUCCUGGAGAUCAGAACCAAGAACAUGAUCUUCAGAACCAAACACAAACUGGACUUCACACCCCUGGCCUGUGACGCAAAGUAAAGAGAAGAGUUAUACUUCGCCUUUUGUAUUAAUUCUGCUGCAGUGCUUUGAAAACCGCUCGGCAGAAAUGAACCAUGAUGUUGUUCCAAUGAAGUAUGGUCUUUUUUUUGUGCAGGGGGAAGAUAGUGCUUGGGUACACAGAGGCCGAGCUGCGGGUACGAGGAUCUGGUUAUCAGUUCAUCCAUGCAGCAGACAUGCUGUACUGUGCAGAGAACCACGUCAGAAGUAAGUUACAUACUCAUUGUAUCUCAUACUGCUCCUGGUUGGUGGAAAUGCUAACCCAACCUAACUUUCAGUCUACCUUCAGCUUCCUGUUAGUCAAGUCUGCUGUGCCCUAAUCAUGCAGAACUCCAAACCUUAUUGUCUUCAAAACAAAUGAUAAAAAAUUAACCCCUUUACAGUGCCGUGCAGAUUAAAAUUGUACCUUGAACCAGGCUGGAAAUAUAUUCACCUGCAAAGAUGGGCUUUUGUGAAUAACUGUGUAUGUGGCUAACAAGUGGAUACUUGAGGAACUGCAUUUCUCAGCCUCCCCCCUACUAGCAUAAUUUCCUAGAUUGGAGGUUGCCACCAAGUAGCACAGAUUUUCAGCCUGGAAACAGAUUUGGUGGAUUUGCAGUCUGAAGCUGUUUUAGAGUGCGUGGAGUACCCGGUAACAAUCCAUCGGUCUCUGAUCUUAAUCGACGGAAACAUGUUGCUAUUUUAGAGUCAGCGCUGUCAAAAAAGUUGAGGACUUCUCCUCCAGCUUGGUCAGAGAGUUCAGACAGCUUUCGUAAGUAAUCCUGCUGGAUUACGGAGCAGAUUGAGCAGUGGCGUAGAGCUGCCAGAGGAGAGGAUAGGGCCCACAAAUCCACUGAGUGAGCAAAGCAUCAGAGAUGAUCCAUACAGAAACACCGACUCACAAACACUCUAGAGGUCAGAUAUGCUUACUGACGACUCCCUCUCCCUCGAUCCUUAUCUCUCUCUCUUGCCUGUAGUUUGAUUGAGUUGCAAAGACAGAUUGAUUUAAACAUACAUGAGCCUGUUCAUCAUGCUGGAAACCAGUUUUUGGUUUGGUUGACUCACAAUGCUUCACUGAGGUUAAACAAAAAAGGAGAGAACAUCAAAUUUAACCCCUUAGAUAGACCCUUAUUUUUAUUGAUUUUCUACUCAAAGAAAUUUACGUUGUUUUUUUUUAAUUUUCUGGUCAGUUGUAAAAUAAAAUUGCAAAACCACAAAAGUGCUCGUCAGUUGCGCUGUGAAAACGCAACUCAUUACCAAGUCUGUUUAUCUAGUUUUUAGUCAAAAGAACUCAUAAGGACUAAAUUGAUUGUAAAAGAGAACAAGUGGCCGCCAAAGCAUCUAGAGAGUUCUUCUGGACAAGUUUUAUAACAAGUUAGUUUUCACUUAUUUUGAAAAACUUGUCAUUAAUUUUGCAAACAGUUAAGUCCCUUUUUGGCUAUAAUAUCUUGCAACAAGAUUUACAUCCAGAUUUGCCGGGUUAAUGUGGCCUGUGUUGAGUGCAACAAGAUAUUUUGACCAGAAAAAAAGAUGAUUUAGAUUUGUACAGUUAGAUUUGUGGUGUACACAGCAUGGGACAUAAAUUCAACAACUUAAUCCACUUUUGAUACACAAGUUUCCCAAAAGCUGCUGGCUAUUCCAGUUUUUCUUGGUGUUUAUAGUCCAGUAUUGUUUUACUUUCUUGCUAAUCUCUUUGAUUUUCCUUUUGGUAAGCCACAACUUUUUUGGUUGACCAAGAAUUUGAGGUUUUCUGUUCCUAGUAUUUCCAAAUUUAAUCUGCUUAUGACUUCUGAAGUCCAGUGCUCUGGCUUUGUUUCCAGAUCCUGUAAAUGUUACUGUGCCCAACCAUAUCAAACAGAUGCAUUAGUAGGAUGUGUGGAUCCAUUUGUGGUCUUGGCCAAGCUUCAUUGCACACUAUUAAUGAAUUUGUCAUAUAUUUUAUUUGUAAUAACUGUGUGUGUGUGUUGAAUAUUUGCAGUGAUGAAGACUGGAGAGAGCGGUCUUACCGUGUUCAGGCUUCUCACUAAGGAAAAUACCUGGAAAUGGGUCCAGGCCAAUGCAAGAUUGGUCUACAAGAACGGCAAACCAGACUACAUCAUCGCCACCCAGAGGCCUCUUUUGUAUGUUUGCCUGAAUUUAUGUAGUUAUAAAAUUCAAAGACAGAGAAAAUGAUAGUCAUACUGCAAAAAAAAGGUAAAUUCUCUGUUUGUGUACGGUCAAAGUUUAUAAAGGGGUUUGAGAGAAACAAUGUCCAACACACAUAAAGCUUCUGUUACAUCUCUAGUCAUAGAAAUUUGCUUAAAUAGCUUAGUUAAGACCAUGGAGAAUAAUAUUGUUUUCUGUCUCUAGGGAUGAAGAGGGUGGAGAACACCUGCGUAAACGCUCCAUGCAUCUACCCUUCACCUAUGCCACAGGUGAGGCCUUGCUCUACCAGUCCAACCAUCCCAUAGCGGGCUUCAGGGAUGGAAGCCAGGAGAAAAAUGGCAGCAAGUCGAAGAAGAGUCGGACUGACAGGCUGGUCAGGGAUGGUCUUGACCCUGGUUCUCUUCUUGGGGCUCUUAUGAGUCAGGAUGAAUCAGUGUAUGUUUGUCAGCCCGCUCUGGAGCCCAAAAUGUCAUUUAGCAGCUUCUUUGGAGACCAAAUGGGCUUCUCUGACUCUGAACCGUCCAGCUUGCACAGGAGUUGGGAUGAGCCAAGCAACGGUGUGUUGGGUCCGAGUAUAGCAGAGGCAAGCACAAGCUUUGACCCGCUGCUGGCUACUCUGGACUCCCUUUCUUUGGAAAGCCAGGGGGUUGUGGAUUCAGAAGAGGGCUGUUGUUCGAAUGGUGAGCUGUUUGGAGCUCUAGAGGGCCUGGGGCUGAGUGCCGAGGACCUAGAGCUGCUCUUGUUGGAUGAGCGGAUGAUCCGGGUUGAGAUGGACCCCGAACGAGUGCCCACCUUGGAUGACCUGCUGACAAAUGAUGAGAUCCUUUCUUAUAUCUAUGACUCGAUUGAGGGAAAGGCUGAUUCCACGGAUCCCGGAGGACAGGCGCCUCCCAGUACUUCCUCAGCAACAGCCACCACAGCUUCAGGAUCUGAAAGUAACCCCACCCUUGAUACUAAUGUUCAAAUGCAGUUUCCUCACCAUAAGCCUCCUUUGGUGGGGCAGGCUCCCAUCGUCCAGCUCUCACAGCAGAUGCAACAACACCUCAGCAUGCGACCAGGGAAAGUGACACACAGCUGGAGCCAGCAGAGUGACCAUUUGGCUAACUCUAUAGCCAAUGGAGACCCACUGGGCCAAAACCAGCCCAUCCGCAAUGGACAAUGGACGGCCCAAGACAUCCUCACCAAUGUAGGGAUACAGCUGGAUCACUUCAACACUCAACAGACUUUUUUCAAUGGCAAGGCCGCUGAGCUGGAUACUAGCCUUCAUCAGCAGCAGCAAUCCCAUCAACGUUUCCUUCAGCAGCAGCAGCAGCUGCAACCCAGGAUGCAGACCCACCUCUCACAGCAGUGCCACGCCAAGCAGAAGGCAACCAACCUCAAUGGACUCUGUGGUAUGUCCAGCACAGAGCAUACGGCAGGAAAUUCCCAGUGGCAGGAUUUCGGAUUCAGCGAGAGUCUCGGCAGCAACCCCUGCCUCAAUAACAGCCAAAAACCUCUGACAAACACCUCACUAGAUUCUUGCAUGGAUUAUAGCAUGCCUGAUAUUGACAAUGCGGAUUACUCUAUGAGUGGAAGUGGUUUGUUUGGGAGGAAUGGACAACAGCACGUGGCCGAGUCCACAGUUUCAUCCUUCCAGGGGAUGAACCAUAAACGUCCGCAGGAGCCGAUGCCGGUUCCUUUGGCUCAGGUCAUCUCCAGCUUGUCGCAGUGCCCUCCGCCCAACGCCUCCCUGGAGCAGAUCCUUGGAGUGAGCAAGCCAUGCCGGCAGUUGGAUCACUAUGGUGUGGUGACCUCAGAGAUUCCUCAUGACACCAGUCCCAGUAAGGUGAGUUUGCUGAAACACUAAUUGUUGGUCUGGUGUCAGAAACCGAGGAUAGAGAUAACCUGACUGAAUCCCUAUUUGCUUUGUUUGAGAGUUUAUCGAACAGUUUGUGCAUCAAAGUGCUCAAAGGACCAAUCAGGAGAUUUCUGCUUUUAGCCAAAAACUAAUUUUCUGUGUGUCCCACGCCAUUUGAGAAAUGGAUCUCAAACCUCUCCAAAAGUUUGGUGUUCAUGAUCAGGCAUAAUUUCUGUUGAAGCACUUUUUCGCUAAUCUCACAAUGGCGCUACAUGGCCCAGUUGAAUUUGUCCAAAGACUCCAAAACUUAGACAACCUGAAAAACAGAUCAGCCGUAAAUUGUGUAUUUUGAUACUCGGUGACAGUUAAAGACUAGUGCAAAAAUGAUGACGUCUGAAGCCUCGCUGCCCGGCUGUACCACAUGACUGAUUCAAGAAACAGUUUGCGGGUUUUGCAAAACACAGUGGAGUCCCCCCAAAUCACAAUACAUAGACUCGAGACUUGUUGAAAAGUUGUUUUUAAAUAAAAAUAAAUGAAAUUUUUAUGUUUUAUAUGUUGUCCCCGUAACAAAAGUACGAACAACAAACUAAGUAACACAAGCACAUUCACAUCACAACCCUCUCCAUAAUUUAUGUCCUCUUCCCCUUUUUGACGCUGCAACUGUGUCUUAAAGAUAGAUACCAUAAUAAUAACUUAAUCAUUUCUGUAUUGUAUCACAAACACAUGGCAUCACAUCCAUUCAUUUACUCAAGUCUGACAAAAAUAUUGAGUUUUUAAAGUUGUUGUUUUUGUAGACUGUGGUGUGCAGUGAGAUCACCAACACAACACACCUAACUCUCACAGAGUCCAUAUUCCAACAACUCAAAGUCCUGACUCCCAAAACUGGAAAUCUCCCAAAAUCUCCCAAGGUCAAACGUGACUUGAAAGUCAGUGGGAAUGGCUGAUAAUGGGAUGGUUGUGGCAGAAAACAUCAAUGCUGCUUGUCUGCCUUGUUGGUUUGACUUUGGUGUGUUUUACAGGACAAACUCUUAUGUUGCUGCCAUAAAUUAACAUGUACGUUCUCUAUUUAUGAUGUCUAUUGAAGAUGAAGCGUUGAUUCUUUGCUUCCUUCUUCAGUCAGCCUCCUUCCUUAAUGGCUAUCGUUUAAUCUUACAAAACAACCAAUAAAGAGUGCAUCCUCUACUAAUUGUUCAUGUUGAACAGAUUCAGAUUGUCUUUUAGACAGAUUGGGGGAAGUAAAAUCACUCCAUAAAACUAAAACACUGAUACCAAGUCAUCUAAUCCUCAGAACGGUUGGAUGAUGGGGCUUUUGCUCACUUGUCUCAAAAUCUGGCUCUAAAUUGGCAAUAUUAACUUGAAGGGUGUACCCUGCUUUAAGCCACAGAAAAAUAGUCAGUUUUCUGGUAUUGGGCCCACCUUUGAUCUAUGUUUCAAAAGUCUUGAGUUGACAAAGUAGAAGCCACACACUGUGGUAAAGGCCAUUUACGUAGCCAACUAGCUGCUAAGUCACCUUCUUCAUUGAUUGUUUAGUCCCAUGAUACAGUGACAGUUGUACCCCACAAUGGUUAUCAUGUGAUGCAGAAAACAGAUACUUGUUCAAAAAUCCUACUGUCACUGUUUGCAAAAUAAUGAGCCAAAUUCAAGGAGAGCUGCAUACAAAAAGAUGCAUAUGAUAUUUAAUGAACUAUUACAGCAGUUGGGGCUGUGUAUAUAAAGUCCCCUUUGAAUAUCACCUCUAUACAUAACUGUAACCCAAAGCUGUCCGACUCACUCUCUCCACCUGCAGACAGAGAACGGCUGCAUCCUAAACACCACUUACCCAGGAGGCUGUGCUCUCCCCAACAUGAACGGAGCAGCGCCCUCUGCUGUGCAGAUGCCCGUCCCCGAGACUCUGUCCAGCCUCCCCGACCCUCCAGCCACCGGUUUCUACCUCUGACCAGCUGACCAGGAACAGUCAUGCAGCAGGACACUCUCGACGGCCAGUAAAGACUCUGGCAAUGACUGGACCAGCCUUAUUCAUCUAGAUGACUCCACAAAGAAAGCGGAAUUAACGUAGGCCUAAAUGUUAUUUUUUUUCUCUCUCUCAGUUUGAAUUUGUAAAUUUUUUUUGUUUGUCUGGGAGGGAGCGGGAUCAUUGUGUUGUAUUUCAAGUCAUAUUAUCAUAUGAGUCCUUUGUUUACAAUAAUGCAGUCAAGAGUGCUCAGUUGAGUUUAUUUAAAGAGACACAGAGUUUUUAAGCUGAGUUUUAUGAUUUUAUCUGCGUUCAGAUACAACACAAAGCAUGGUAUAUUUAGAGGUAACAACUACAGAGUAAAAAAGCUCAAAGGAGAGAUUUUCUAACACAAGUGGACCCACUGAGUAAAUGUUGAUAACAGUUAAAUCUGAGGAUUCGUGGCUUCUCUGUCUCUUCUUACAUGGAGGUCAAUGCAAUAUUUUGGAAUCAGUUUAAAGUCAAACAAAAAAAAAAAAAGUCAUAUUUUGGCAAUUUUGCAUCUUUUUCUUUGAUUUAUGGAACAGGUAAUUCAAGUAAAUCAAGGGGAGAUGGUCCAAAAUGUCAAUCUAGCAAGUAAAUACUGAAAAAUAAAGUUGUUCCUCCCUGAAAUUUUAAAUUUAAGCAAAAAAAAAAGGGCAGAAAAUAUACAAAUCAAUUUUUACAGCCAAAUUACAGAUGACUGCUUUUCUUAGCCCGUAAAAUAAAUGCAGUAUGGGGUCCUUUUUAAUUCUAAGGGUACUGCAUGAGAAAGAUCAGUAUUCUGGCAUUUGGGUGGAUGAAACAAAAGCUCUGAAGAUGUCAUGUUUUAUAAGAUUGUACAAGAUUUUGAUCAGUCACACAGGAAAAUAUGAGAUGCAUUUUAGAAAAGAAAAUUACACAGUCCACACCAGAACAGAUUCUAGUGGUAACAUCCAGCUGACAUGCAUGGCUAUGGAAAGUGUAAUAACUUGUGUGUUAGCUUCAUUAUGCCCUCUCUCGCCGUUCCUUCUCUACCGGUAAAGAGCAGAGAUUCACUGAUCGAUCGGUCGAGUAUUUUUUCAGUUGGUAUGAAGUGAAAGAAAAAAGUACAACAAGGCGGAGAGGACAAAAAUAAAGAAUAAUUUGGGGCUGGCAUAAAUCACCUUGCAAGUGUUUUUUAAUGUACGUCAAAAAUGUAUGUGUAAACAACAAACAACAAAGCCAUCUGGAGACACUUUAACACUUUUUCAUCUAGUUCUUACACAAACAAACAAAACAGUGGCUCAAUAAAUUAAUAAGAAGCAUCAUAAUCAUGGAAAAGAUGACUUUCUUUAGUCCUCUGUUAUAAAAUAUGAAAAAAUGCAAGAAGAUGCAGAAAAGCCAGUGUAAGCAGAGGCAGUUUUACACCUCUGUUAAGGAAUGUAAGCACAGUGGGAAUAUUCUCAUCUGAGCGAGCAUCGGACGCAGUUGAAACAAAAUUUUUGCAUUUUAUCCUCAUUUUGGUGUCAGAUCUAAUGUUAUGAUUUGCUUUGUAUCUGAACGUACCAUCGCAGACACACACACACAUAAACACACACAUAAACACACACACACCCUAUAUAUCAUCAGCGCAACUCCAUCUUAAUAACAGUUUUUGAUACCGGCAGUCUUCUGACAGGACUUCAGCAUCGCUCUUAGAUUUUUCCGUCAUGCUACAAGAAUGUAAUCUUUCAGUGUUAAGUGAUUUCUCUGUCGAGCUGUGAGAUGAAUCCAUAUAUGUUUGAAAAAAGUCUAGAAUAUUAAAAUUAUGGCUAGAAAUAUCCUGCACUUUAUUUCAAGCACCCACUUAAUGCAGAUCUGUAGUCAGGGAGGUGAUAAGGAGUCCCUGUUUUUAUGCUUGAUGGACCAGUUUGCGUUUGUAUUUUAAUUUUGAGGUACGUCUCAGGUGAUGGGUUAAUGUCCUCACAAGCACAAACACUUCUGUAUACUUGUUAGUGUCAUCAUUUUUAUCGCUCUCCACUUGAACUUUUUUUUUUUUUUGGUUGUUGUUGGAAAAUGUUAAUGAUUUUUUUGGACCUCUGGAUUCUUUCUCUUAUUUUGUUAAAAAAAAGUUUAACUGACUUGAUUAGAAGAAGUCAUUUUUAAUUUUACUGUAUUUAUUCAUGUCCUGCAGCAAGUAAGCAUACUUGAUUGUUUUGAAGUCGAUGUGUAAGACAUUCUCUUGUACAAAAAAAAAAGAAAAGAAAAAAAAAGAAAAUAUAAAUCUUCGUCAUCUUCUAUCUAGCUAAGCAGUGGUUGCACUCACUCUUUGGAGGGAAUCAGAAAUCGAGCUCCAGACACAACACUUAAACAAUACAAAAUGACUCAAGUAAUGAAGGAAAAGUCUGACAUUUUGGGAAAAUACUGUUUGAACUCUUACCUAUAAUUGAAGAUUGAUUUGUGGCGAUAAAAAUAUUCUUAUUUUAUAAUCUGGUUUCUCACCUCGGUGAGAAAACAAGAGCAAGAUACAAAUACCAGAUUUAAAGUCCCUUUAACAAAUGUUAAGAUACUUAUUGUCAUUCAAAAAUGUUCUUAAAGCUCCUUUAAGAGUUUUUUGAGGUAUGUGAAAUAGACUGAAAUUUGUGUUAAUGCCUUUUCCUGAUGUUUAAAUCAAACAAAACCAUUAGCAGCGAGUUAGAUGAUCUUUUCUAUCUUAAUAUUUAAUGCCUAAAACUGGCAAGGAAGGUAGGCAUUGGCAAUAGAACAAUAGAAGUGUCUCUGCUUUUACGGUUUCACAUAAAACAUUCAAAAUAAAUGAUACAAAAGUCAGCAGGACAUUUUUAGGUCAAAAGUUGCCUUUCGAGUCUGUAAAGGACAGGAUAAGCAAAGACUGCUUAGUCAAACUCGAAGUUCCUCACUAGAGCUUUAAUAUUUGUCACAUUCACCUGAUGAGUCUGGAUAUAAAUCUGAAUUCAAGGAGAAGCAAAAGGUUAAGAGGUGUCAGAAAUUAGGUAUUAUUCCCACGAUAAUUAAAAAUUAUAAUUAAUUGGUGGAUUUAUUUUUAGAGUUGUGGCAUUUGAAGGCAUUAUUAAAGAUAAUUAAUUUGCAAUGUAAACAUGAUAUAGGCAUCAUAGUAGGUAAAGAAGAUACUCUGAGGGAAUGUGUUUUUAAGUAAAUGAUCUUUUAUGAAAAAAAGAACAAACCUUUCCCCCAAAUGUUGGACUUUUCCUUCUUGUACAAAACUCACCGAUACAUCAGGUCAGUAAUUCAGGUCUAGACAGGAUCUCUGAGCAGUUACAGAAUGACUAACAGUGAAAAAACCAAAUGUGAGUUAAAAAAGAGAUCUGUCCUGGAAGGAUACAGUCUGAAUGUUUCUUGUACAUAGUUGAAACGACUGGAAAAAUGAUGCAGAGUAGAACUACUUCAUCAUGAAGAGAUGCUGAAAAGAGAUUUCCAUUUGAAUUGUUGGAAUAAUGUCAUUACUAUCGGUAUUAAUAUUAUUGUUCUAUGUUUUAUGUUGAAAUGUGAUACACACGUGGUUACAUGUCAUUUCGAGUUGACUCGUUUCUUUCCCUUUCUUUUUACUACAGCAGAAAUGUUUGCUUAUAUUUAAUAUGAUUGAUGUGACUUAUUAACAAUGUGAAAAAAAAAAUAUGUGUAUAUAAAGGCAAACAAGCUUUGACAAAAACAGGUAUGUACAUAGUUUUAUGUUGAGUCACUCGUUUCAAGCACUAUUUUUAAAACACUUGCUUAUCAAACUCCUUUGUUGAUUCUUUCUGUUUGUUUUUUUUUUGUUUGUUUGUUUAUUUUUAAUUGUAAAUAGUACUCUCAUCACUAAACACUGGACUCGAAGACAGCCUGAAAAUGGUGCCAUACUACUGAGACUUGUUAAAUAGACUGUAACCUUGGAGAGUUUAAUUUUGUCUUUUAUUUUGUUUUUUGUUUUUGUUUAACCACAGGUAACUUUAACAUGCUAACAGGACGAGGUGUAGAUGUGGCAGAUUUGGCCCGGGUCUUUUGACUGCUUGUUUUCAAAUGUAUUAUUUUCUUCCUCUGAAAUAAAGGAUUUCUUCAAUCACAGUGAAAAACACAAACAUCUUUCAUUAUAUAUAAGAAGAAGAAGAAGAAAAAAAAAAAGACUGACCACUCAUAUGUGUCCCUCUCUGAACCCCCCGAGUUUUGUAUUCACUCAGACAGGAAACAGCAGGGGGUUUCCAACCUGUGUCAGUGACCUCUUACUGUGGACCCCUGACAUGUGACGGUGCUAUGUGUAGCAUUUGAACAUCAAUAAAUCAUUACCACCAUAA